AUGGUCUCUAUCACGUGGUCGACGCCGGAGGCGCAGCAGCCGCCCUGCGUCCCGCCGAGUGGAGCAGGGCGGGACCGCAGUUUGCCCGCGGAGCAGCCGGAAGUGGCGGAGCCUUCCGGUGUGUGUGUGGGCGGGGGGGAGGGGGUGUGAGGUGCGACGCCGGCCCGGCGACGACGGAGAAGUUGUGAGGGAAGGUCGGUCGGAAGGUGUCGCCGCCGCCGCUGCCGGUGCCCGGGCAAGGAGCGGGCAGGAGGAGGAGGAGAAGCAGCACGGACGGCGACGCCCCCCUCUCCCCUCCGCCGCAGCCCCGCUCCCCUCGGAGACGCCAUCAUGAAGAAGCAGUUCAAUCGCAUGAAGCAGCUGGCCAACCAGACGGUGGGCAGGUGAGAGCCCGGCGGGCUGGGAGCGAGGGCGCGGGAGACACCUCAGAAAUGCCCCCCUCCGAAUCCUGGGAACUGUAGUUUGUUAAGGGUGCUGGGAGUUGUAGCUCUUUGAGGGGAACGCUCCCAUUCCCUGACUUCUUUUGGGGGUGGAAGGAGGGUUUCUCUAAAUGAAUGGUUAUGUAUGUAGCCAAUACUGAGCUAGAGGAACAAAUGGGAUAAGGCAGCUUCCUCUGUUUCUCCCCCACCCACCCCCUGCAGUAGAUUAAUUUCUUGUGUGUGAAGGACGGCCACCCUAUACCCACUCAGACCUUGGUUUAUCUGGAUUUUUAAUAUUGACACUCACUAACAUAAGACUCCAGGUUUCUAGGUAGGAGUAUUUUCUCAGCCUUAUUAGGAAGGCUGGGAAAUUGAACCCAGGACCUUUUCUAUCCAAAGCAGAUGCUGGGGAAAGGGCUGUAGUUCGGUGGAAGAGCAGUUGCUGUGAAUGCAGAAGGGUCUAGGUUCAAUUCUUCCCCCCCCCCCCGGACAUCUCUCUGUAGGCUGGGAAAGACCCCUCUCUGAAAUCCUGGAGAACCAUUGCUGCCAGUCUGUGUUGACAGUGUUGUGAUAGGUGUGCCAGCGGUCUGACUCCGUAUGAGGCAUCUUCCGGUGUUCUACCACUGGGUCUUCUUGCUUCACGCAACACUAUUAAGUCCAGAGUCUUUCUCCUCAUGCUUUGCCUUGCCAGCAAGUUGUGUUUCCUCCAUGACAAACAUCCACACCCAAAACAAUGAUAAAUGGUUACAAUUUCAAGCAUGCGCUCUUAGAGGCAUCUAUUAUUAUUAUUAGGUGCUAUGGUGACGAUUCUGCCGGCAUACAAAGAGGGAAGGGCUCUGCCAAGGGUCAUUUUAUUUAGAAUUGGACCCAAGGAAGCACAGGGAAAGAAAAUGGAAUGAAGUGUUUUUAGCAUUACAGUGCAGUCCUUUUCAUAUCUACCUUUUUGCCAAAGGAUUGGGGGGGGGGGCGAAGUCUCUUAAAAGUGCCCCACCAAGUUUUAAGAGGAAAUGUCAUUUGCUUUCUGUGUUCCUGCCGUUUUUUGUGAGAGUGGUUCUUAUUUGCUUUGAACCCCAGAUGAAGGCUGGUGGUGAGCUAGGCUAGGUGAGCAAGAAAAGUUUAUAGACAUAGACAGUUACUGACCUCAUCCUGGUGAUCUGCUUGGUUGCAAAUGGCCUUUACCUCAAGUGUUCUAAUUUUCAAAUUUCUGAUUGAGUAGAUUUGGAAGACCUGAUGUUUUGGCUGGCCUUGGAUCACCUGGUCUUUACUCAUCCUUGGUCUUGUCUUUCCUUCUGUAGUUAUGCUAAUGAAAACCUACCUAAGCAUGAUGAUGCAAAAAGGAGGAGGAAAUGUUACCUGCUUUCAACCUCAGGAGUAGGGUGGAUGAUUGUUAUGAAGUAUCACCAGAAGGAUUUCCUUCUCUCACCAACAGAGGUUAGCUAAACAGAAAGUAUUUUUGAGCCAGCUCAUUCUUCCUCAUGCACAUGCCAGUCUGAUCUUAAUGAUGAGCUGGAGAGCAGGGCCAAUAUUAAAGCUCAGUUGGAUUCAAAUGGGUUCAGGUCAACCCAGUCCUAGGUCAUUUAGGGCUUUGAAGGUCAGUACCAAUCACUUAAACUGAGCGCAGAAACAGAUUGAUAACCAGUGUGAUUAAUGUAGAAUUGGCAUGAUACUGAGCAAAUCUCGGUGCCCAAUUCUGGGUCCAGUUGUAGCUUCCAAGGUCUAUACAGUGGUACCUCAGGUUAAGAACUUAAUUCGUUCUGGAGGUCCGUUCUUAACCUGAAACUGUUCUUAACCUGAAGCACCACUUUAGCUAAUGGGCCCUCCCAUUGCCGCUGCGCCGCCGGAGCACAAUUUCUGUUCUCAUCCUGAAGCAAAAUUCUUAACCCGAGGUACUAUUUCUGGGUUAGCGGAGUCUGUAACCUGAAGCAUCUGUAACCUGAAGCGUAUAUAACCCGAGGUACCACUGUGGAAGAGCAGCCUCAUGGAGAGAACAUUGUUAGCAGCCCAGCUCUGAUGUAGCCAGUGCAUGAGUGACUGAGGUUAGGCCUAUCUUCUCCAGCUAUGGCUGCAGUUUGAGAACUAAACACAACUUGGCCAUCAUUGCUACCUGAGCAGUGAAACAGGCACUUAAACUGUGUUCUUGGUGGUUUCUGGAACAUGCAAGACAUCAUAUUCUGUAUGCUUAAGUGCUGGCACAUUGACUCAUAGGCUCACUUCAGCUUGGUAAAUAAACUCUGUUUGGUGCCCGGACAACUUGAUCAGUUAUUUUAGAAAACACAUGCCCGGUUGAAAUGGGGCAACCAGUGAAUGCUUUGCUGAAGUGGGUUAAUAAUACUUCUGAAGUGAUAAUGUGUUGUAGUGAGGAACAUUUCACUACUUUUGUUUUCCUGCAGCGCUGCAGAGAUUGUUGGGUUCCCUUCUUCCACUACCUCCAGAUCACUGAGACGAUAAUCUGUUAGAUCACACAAAAUACUAAAUACGGCAGGGUUGGGUGUGGGGACACGUUUGCUCAGGAUCUCCCACCUGCUUGGUUGCACUGUGGAGAACAUGCUUAGCUUACAUAUCAGGAAGUUCCUAGUUCAAAUCUGACAUGUGCUGUGAACUUGCUAGGUAACCUUAGGCAAGUCUCCUUCAGCCCUUACUAACCUUACCUUACAGGGUUGUUGUAAUGACUAGAACAAGCCAUUUAAAUACUUCUAGUGCUUAUUAUCAGUAUUAUGCUUUGACAUUCAUUUUUAAUAACAAUGUCAACUAGUGGAUUUAUUUCUAAGCAACUUAUUAAUAAAGCAAUUUAGAGUGUUCAAAAACUGAAUGCAGGUAUGGGGAACUGGGGCCAAAUGCAGUCCUCCAGACUUCUCUAUCUGACUCUUGUGGCUCUGCUAUGUCAUGCCCCUUCCCGUGCCACAUCCCUUUUCCAAAGGCCACUCCCCUCAGUAGCUGUCUGUGAGGUGUGGAUGGGUGUCUAUAAAAGCCUUUCACUUUUGUAUAACUUGAAAUAUAGCCUACUGCGCAAAGGUAAGAGUCACACCUGUUGCUGCACCCACCCUGGCCCCUCUCAUCAUUGUUAUAUGGCCCCUGGAAGGUUGGCUAUGAGGAAAUGGGGUGCUGAGGCUGAAAAAGAUUCCCCACUCCUGACUUAAUGAAUGCACUUAUUUACUUAUGCACUUAUAUACCACUUAAUUAUUUGCAAUUCACCAAAAAUGGGAUAUUAUUAUUAUUAAAAUAACCUUUAUUAUACAUCAAUUUAUAUCAAUUUACUCAUAACUUAUAACAUUUAUCUUAGACAAUACAUACCAUACACACUACAUACAUUACGAUAUAUACACACCCUAAACACUAACUUCCAAUUCAUCUCACUGUGCUAUUUUACAUUUGGUUAGUCUAUAUAUAUUUCUUUUUUAGUUUUCUUUUUCCCAUUUGUUAUCAGGAAAAUUUUCCUAUAUACUUUCUCUAUAUUUCAGAGUGUAAUUCAAGAUUCAUUGUAAGUCAGCCAGGAGAUUAACAUUGUCACAGUAGUUUUUAAGAUACUUUUAAAAUAUUAUCCAAUCUUUAUUGACUUUCUGUACAGAAUUUCCUCUUAUUCUCCCUGUCAUCUUUGGGACAUAAAAUUUUAUUCUAGAACUGUGUACUUUCAGCCAUCUUCAUAUAGGAAUGUUAUCAGUAGUAUUAUACCCGUAUUACAGAUAGAGGGGGCAAGGCAGGGAGAAUUCGCCCAAGGCCCCCGCAUGGUAGAGAAAUAGAGGUAAAAUAUAAGCCACUUACUUCCUGGCACUCAGCUCAGUGUCUUUGCCAUUGUAGGACUUUACUUUUUUAAAACUAUUGUGGCUCUAUAGCUGCACUACCUGUUAAGAUAAAAUCAUUCUGUCGCUGUUUUGUGCAGUUCAGAUUGACUUCAGGCUGUUCAGGUUUAGUAAAGAACACAAAACAUUCCCCUUGGGAAGAAAAUUGAGGAAAACCUUCUUGAAGCCUCUGAGAUAAUGUGACAAUGUGAGUGGAGUGUACAGGUUUGAAGGUGACCUUUGACUGCAGCAAUGUGAAUUUAGGGUGGGGUUCAGGGACCUUUGCUACAGUCACUGAGGAGCUUUUGCUAUCAGUUUAAUUUUAUUGCAGGCAUUCUCUGAGUGUACUUAGCAGUAGCUGUCAAUUUGCAUUCUUCUGCCGGACAGAGCAUUAUAAUGCAUGCUAUCCAGAAGAGCGGUGCUCACUUAAAAAUGCUUGUGCACUCACUCAUGCAAAUUACCACUAAGCAUAUUCAGAGAUAAAGGAGGAACUUUGAAAUAGAUUUUUCAUUUAUUUCCUGUUUCAGUUAUAAAAGGAAGCACUUAAUAGAAGUGGUGUUCUCUAGGCUCACCUGACUUACUGAAGCAUGCAAAAGCAUGUUUCCCCAAAAAGGGAUAAUCUUCAGGUCAGAUCUCAUAUUUCAUUGGUUCCUAGUCAUGAUUUGAAAAUUCCCAAUGAAGCUGAGCAGAUUCCAGCUACCUUAUUAUUUGGACACAUUACUCAUAAAAAUGACUCAAAGCAAUUUGCAAUACCUUGGCAUGGGAUCAUCUAGGGAAUCCCAUAUACUCUACUUUUUCUUGAAAGAUGCUCAUGAUGAUGAUGAUAAAUUAAAUAAAACAGAAUAUUCCUAGCACAAUUUGUUUCACUUGAAAAUAAAUUAUUAAAAUUAUGUGCACACUAAUGUCUGGAAGGCUCAGGGUCCUUAAAAAUCCUUCAAAAACAAACAACUGACCAUUGCACAAAACUUGCCUGUUUCAAAAAGAUACAUCUAAAAUAGCCACUGCUACUCUGCUUCUGGCAUCAAAUUCAAACCUGAAUAUUUUUUACAGAAAUUAUAACACUUCUGAAAUACAUUUUGACAUUUCUUCUUGGUAAUAAAGAGUUCUCCUUUAUGGGGCAACAAUUGAGGUGAUAUCUCUGCUAUUGUUAGCUUACGUCCAAAUGAUAUUGCUAAGAGGGCGUACUUGGUUGAGUCUAGAGAAUUGUGAUAGGAAGUUGACUCUUCCUCACUGGAACUUAGCAUGCAAUAGCAUCAUUAAAAUAUGGUGCCCUGUAAGGCAGUGGUGAGGAUGCUGCUGCACCACGAAACAUCUCAGAUUCCAGAAAUUUGGUGGGCAGUUUCAGCAUGUGACACACACUUUCUUAGACUGCUGGGAGGGUUUCCAGAAUUAAAUAAAGGUGGUACUACUACUGUACUUUUUUUUGUGGAAGAAGAUGAGGUAAAAGGGUGUUGCCUGACAUGCUUCAUAGCUGAUAGAAUAAUAUUUGGGUGCUGUCAGGCUCUGAUUUUGUUUGUAUUCAGGCUCUAUGAAUAGGAAGUGGGACUGUGCAUCUCCUCUGCUGUUUGACUUUAAAUAUACAACUAGGCUACAUUCUCAAGCUACUGCAAGGCAGAACAGUUGACGGUCAGCUAUGUUAAAACUUUGGCUAGAGUCCCAUGCUUGCUUGGUAUGACACUUAAGCAGCUUUCUUCAUAGCCUGUCCUGCAGUUUAGCAAACCUGCUUUGCUUCUUUCUUCCAUUUAAUACUUGGGGUUAAUGGAGAUGGAGGGCAGGGCUCUUGACUUAACCCUUAUUUCUACAUAAGUGACCACUGUGAACAAAUACAUAAUUAAGAGCAUUGGGUGGUGUUCAACUAAGGUUUACUCUGCAUAGACCCAAUGAAGUUAAUGAAUGGGACUAAUUUAUGUUCAUUCAUUUCAGUGGGUCUACUUUGAGUAAACUACUACUGAUUAUACUAUUCCGAAUUCACUGUUCAGAGACAUGAGGAUCUGCAAGAAAAGGGGUUUCCCUGAAAUGGGAAGUCUCUGCAAACUGUGUGUGUUGGUUUGCACUGUAAGCCUUAUAUUUCCCUUUCUGUGCUUUAUAAAGGCCGAAUGAGAUACAGGGGACUCGGGCUUCUUGACCAGGCUCCGCCUGGGGGCCACUCGCACUCGGAACAGCCCGCUUGCCCCAGACGAAGGCAGCCAGGUGGUAGCCAAGCAAGGCUGCAACACUGACCCUACUCUCAUGCAAGCAGGAGUGGGGUCAGGGCUCUCUCAGCUUGCAAGGGCAGGCACGCUCUUCAGCCAAGCAGUUUAAAGAAGCGGAGGGAGGACCAAACUGUAUCAGCAACUUACCCAUGCAGCUUGUUUCUCCCUUUGCCAGAGCAGAGGGUGAUGAUGGUUUCACCAGCAGUAUAUGUCUGGUGAAAUUGCCGCUGCUUGAGUCCCUCUGCCUCCAGCUCCCAAUUCGUUUGUUUUCCCCUCUGGGCGUUGGGCGGUGCCGGUUUCACCAGACAUAUAGCUCUAAGUAAAGCUGUUAUCACAGUCUCCCCCCGCCCCCAUUCUGUUCUUGGGCAAUAUAUUGAUUUAUCACCCAGUGCUACCUUGGAAGAAAGGUACCAUGGACAUUAGUUACUUAAUUAAAAAAUAAUAAAGGGGGGGGAUUUGGUGCCAAUAGUUGGAGAGGUUGGAAUCUUCAUCAGGAAAAGAGUGAAGUUCUCUUGUCAUCUCACUCUGUCAGCAUUUGUCAGAUUUCAUAAGAUGUUUCUUUCUUUCCAAAGUAACUAGAACUUCACCUGUAUCCCACCUCCCAGUUAGAAAUUUUCUUUGGUACAGUUGCUUGGCAAGUGCUCCACUAUCUGUCCACGUCAUACAUCUGCUUUGUUAGACUAAAGCAGCCUUCUCAACCUUGGAUCCCCAGAUGUUGUUCAAUUUCAACUCUCAUCAUCCUUGGCCCCUGGCCAUGCUGGCUAGAAAUGAUCAGAGUUGUAGUCCAACAACAGGCUGGACUAAAACCUGCAUGCCUUAUAUCAGUUUUUGUGAUGGUGUAGGGCUCCUUGGGUGAGGUAGCAUGGCUCCCCUUAAAUAAGGUUUUCAUUGUUACAAAGCAUGCUCAGGUUCUAAAGUUGCUCUAUGCCUCCCAGUUUGAUUCAUAGUGUAUAAAUUUAAAGUUGGUCCAAUUCAGUCUUCCUGACCUUGGUCCCUCCAGAUGUUUUAGACUGCAACUCCCAUCAGCCCCAGCCAGCACUGCCAUACUGGCUGGGGUUGAUGAGAGUUGUAAUUCAAAAUGGCCGUGGUGGCUGAGGCUGAUGGGAGUUGUAGUUCAGAGCAUCUGGACACUCCCUCCCACUGGCCUACACUAUGCUGUAAAAAUGCUUCAGAUUCCAAGGUUCCUGCAUCAAAUAUGUAACUUCUUAGACUUUUCUUGUCCUUUGUUUGAGCGAGCUGGUUACAGUUUCCUUUACUCUUCCUGUUCUGUCAGUGAUUUGGGAAUGGAAAGAAAGCUUGGUUUGUUGGAUCAGGCAUUAUUCCAUGUUUCUUUUCUUGCUAGAUUUACAUCUUGCAUUGUAGGCAGCAAUCUGUCACUCAAGAUGCAGUGUUCAUUUCUGUGUACACUUUUCAUUCCAGCCGAUUAAACAGUCAGCAGAGAAGGCUUCUGCAGCUGGAUGAAUCAUUUCAUUGUAUUAUACUACAUCAUAUAUUAAGCCAGUAAUGUAUGAUAUUUUGCAUUUCAAUUUGAGUUGCUCCUGUACAAGUGCUGAAUUAAUGACAGUAAUGUUAAAAUCUUCUUCAGUGCAGGAGAAAACUGAAGUUAAUACGUUCGUUAAUCUUCCACAGGCUCUGCUUCAAGAAUGUUUUGAAUCUGCUCCCAAUUGAAACUUUGCUGAGCUUGUGAGGUUUGGCAGUAGUACAGUCUGGAAUCUGAUCCUGCCUGUGUGCGCUUUUUUCAGCUCUAUUUUUUUCUGAUAUAGAGCAGUCUAAAUUUCUUCUGAAAUUUCUCUGCAUUUUAAGAUACAGAAGUUUACUUGGUUUAAAACCCUGAUGGGUUUGUCCUGGCAAUGCCUUAGACUUAAUUUAUUGAGACUAGCAACCUGCACUCUUGAACUUUUGUUGUACCACUCAUUAAACAAUAUCAAAAGCGAAACUACUUAUUCUCUGUCUUACUGUCCUCCUACUUAGGGACAAGAUUUUCCUCAGUCUCUGCAACAAAAGGCACUGAAGUUAUCAACUUCUUAAAAUGUAAAGCCCAUGUUUCAGUAGUGGGACAUAUUUUCUGCUUCCACUUCCCCACCUACUUAUGGGGAUAAACAUGUAGCCCUCUGUACAGAAUUGUAAGCCUUGUUGUGGGAAGAUAUGUGCAGCCAAUGUAUGUGCUUUGUGAUCGUGUGCUGUACAAAUCCUGAGUGGUGGUGCUUUGUGUUCAUAUGAUGUGAAAACUCUGCUGGAUUUAGCCAUCUCCACAAUUAGCAUUAACAAAGCUUCUGGGGAUGAUAUCAUUGUGGUUGUUAGGCAAGAGUGCUGUGUGUGAUAAUACACUCAUAGGGUGGGUGUGUUCCAUGCCAUGCUGAUUACUUUAAUAAAUUUACAACUAAUAAGGUUGUUCAGUCUCUCUGACAGCUGCAUUUCAGUGGCUUCUCGCUUUGUUCUAGAGGCCAGUCUGCCUGCCUCAACUUUGUGAAUUGUAAACGUUCGGUUUGUGCUUUUACCAGCCAGCGAUUUGAUAUCCCAAGUGCUGUAAUCUCAGCCGGAGACCAAGGAGAGCCCUGUGUUAGUCCUGUGAUGAGGCGCACAGAGGAUUGAGAUACCGAAGACAAAGUUUUCAAAUGACACAUCAGUUGUUAUGGCAAAUUGUUCAAAGCAAAACAAAAUUUCAGGAUUGUAUUCUGUUCAGAUUUGACAUCUGACUCUAGGAUUUUUGGGCAACUGUUAGAUACCUGUAGUUUGAUGCAUUUGCUCAGAGCAAAUGCAUCAAAUGAAUGAAUAAAGUUUUAAGAAAUCCAUUUUUUAAGUGCAUUUCUCUUUAAAAAUUCUUCUGAAUGGAAUCUCAACUUAAUGCAAACAUAUAGGGUUGGAUCUAAAGGAAAUUUAACUUGGGUCCCCUUGAAAACAAUAGGACAAGCUGAUGAUGACACAAUAAAUCUAUGCAGUUGUAUGAUGGUUUGAUACUGACUGCCAAGGACUGGCAAGUUGUCAAAGAUGUCAUCUGUUGAUCCAUUGGGGUGACUUCUAUGUUUAGUCACCUCUUUUCCUAAUUAUAAGGGUGGCAUUCAGUGAUGCGCCUCAGCUAGCACAUGGAGUUUCGCUUGUAGAAUGCAACUUCCCCUCCCUUUCCCCCCUGUGCCCCACACCUUCCCCAAAUUUUGUUCUGGUGUGGUGGGGGAAACCCCAGAACAGAUUUAGGGGGAGAGGAAGUUUUGUUGCACAAGUAGAAAUCCUUGCACCAGCAGAAGCACUUUGCUGGAUGCCCACCCUAAGCAGUUGCAUUUCCACAGUUCGUGUGUGUUAAAAACCUGGGAGAGCAGAGGGAACUAGUAAGUGCGAAGCAAACCAUUUUUGUAUCAUUAGGAGUGACCAAAGCAACUGACUUUGCAUUGAAUCACUUCCCUUUCAGGCUUCCUAACAGCCUAACUUAGGUGUAUUUCUGAGAGGAAGUGAAACAGCAGCAAGCAGCCCAUUUGCUUUUGACAGUACAAGCAUAAAUAUUUGAGGAGGGGUUUCGUCACUGCUCUUCUGGGUGUUGAUUUUACAAACUCCUUGAGCCAACAAAAAAGUCUUCCAUGCCCUAGAUAAACAUUCCUCGCAUUGCCCAUCUAUAAGCACCCCAGGCCUCUUGAUUGAACUUUCCCAGGUGGAAAAAUGUUACUAAAUAUUCGGCACUAUGACCAAAUUUUAUUAGUCAGCAUCAAAAUUCUUUGUGCACCAGGCUUGUUAACAGGGAUGGUGAAGUGCCAAAUUUAUUCUUUCCAGAGAGUUUAGUGUGGUACGGCUAUCACCUCUUCUCUUUUCAGCUGAAUUUGGAGAAAUCACUUGAAGCAUCUGUUGCGUUGAACUAUUUCAAUUGCUUUUGUUUGCUUUGCUCAUUGCAAACAACUGAAAGUCUGUAAAUUUUGAUAAUAAACCUGAUUUGCAAUGGGUGUUGAAUAAUUUUGAUUACAACUGUAUAAGUGUUUUUACCGCUCUAUGUUGUCUUCCGUAAAAAACUUUGUCCUCCACAUUUUUAGUAUAUAACUGGUCUUAAGAAGCAUUUCACAAAUUCUGAAAGGUCUUUUAUAUCUUAGGCACAGAGAAGAUGAGAAGAUUGCUUGAUAGCAUACUGUGACUAAUUUACUUGCCACUUGGCACACUGACUGUGUAAAUGUAUAAGUUGCAAUUUGAGCAAUACUGGUAAAUGUCCCAUUGGCACUUGCAUGUUCCAUUGGGCUGGAUGCAGAAGGGAUUGCUGGAGAAGUAAGGACAGUUGCCUGUGUGCUUGACAUUGCUCAGCUUGGUUAAUAAGAGUGGCCAGAGAUGGACUAACUGAGUGGGUGGUGGGAGUGGUAAAUGCCUAAUUGUGGGAACGUUUGGUUUCAGCAUGUUUAAAGAGGCUGUAGUGAGACAUCCAUUGAAAAAACUAAACCUUCCCUUAAUAACACCAGACUGGAUAAUUUCUUUUGCAUCUCUAACAUUGAAUUUCUGGGCAAGAUCCUCAACCUGGGGCCAGUAGGCCACCAGAGAUAUUUCAUGAAUGAGACAAGUUAUCUAGAUCAGGAAUGGAGAACCUGGGGCCCUCUGCCCUUUAGCUGUUGUUUGAUUGCCAUUAUCCCUGGCUAUUAGCCAUGCUGACUGGGGGACUGAUGAGAGUUGUAGCCCAGGGCUGCAGGUUCCACAUCCUUCAUCUACAGCAAUUUCAGUCCAGCUCUAGGUCUGGUUUUAUGAACAAAACAGCUUUGGCUGUGAACUGCAGUGGAAUUUAGCAGGGAAGGAGCUGCAUUCUUGCUGGUUCUGCUUGACCACUCAGUGUUUUUCACUACCGUCAGCUAUAGAAUCUCUGGCUUUCGGAGGUUGAAAGAGCAACAAAGGGCUAUUUGUAGAAGAACUUUUAAGCAGCCCCCCAUGCUGCACAUUGAAGUCCCGAUAAUUGGGUCUUCAAAGCACAGCAACACUUGGCAUCACAGUGAUGUGACUACAGGCCAGAAAAACUUCCCCACCCCUGAAGUAGCAGGUGAGAAUAGGGAGCCUAUGGUAAAAUUCUUAUUAGAUUCAAAAUCACAAAGUAAAGCUGCUAUAAAAAGGAUUAUCUUUUUGUGUGUUUUUUAAAAAAGUUGUAGGCAUGAAAGCAAACUUGAAUGUGUGGGUGGUCUAAGAACUUUGAAAGUAUUAAACCACAAAAACUCUUAUUGCCAAAAGGAUUUGGGUGUGGUUCCCCUCCUUCCCAUGUUAGUUGCUGCUACAACAGCUCCACCUUGCACCUAUAAUUUUAAAAUAGAAAUGACGUCUUCAUGUGCCAAAAGCUUCACUGGUGCUAAGUAUUUAUUCAGGAAGGAGUUCAGUGGCACAUACUUGGCAUUUACAUCAUCAAGCAUUAUGUAGGCAGCUGGCUGGUUGGCUGUAUGUGAAUUUUGGUCUACACAUAUUUGAUAUGAUAUUUGUAUUAGGCUUUUCCAACAACAAGUGUUGAGCUCAAAGUGGCUCACAACAAUCAUAGCAUUAAAACAACAAGCAUUGCAGUCACUGUAAUAUCAAACACAUUAGCAUAAAAAUCAAACCACAACACAUUCAUCAAAACAAUUAAUACAGUUCAAUGGAGUCAUAGUUAUUCAAAAUAUCAGAAAGAGCUGUUGAGCACCAGCCCUGUGCUGGAUCACAUCCCCUCUCUGGAAAGGGGCUUCUUUGCUCAGUGCUUGCUCAGAUCUUGACUUCUUUUUUACCCUGUAUGGGUCCACAGGUGUGCCUUCAGGUGGGAGCUCUUGGAAUAGGUCUUGAUGCAGCUGGCGCAGGUAUGGGUGGGUGUGACAGUCUACGUGGGGUCAGGAGCAAUGACCCCUCUUGGACUCAGCUUCCAGCUGCUCCAGCAGCCAGAAGGUCAUCGGGAAAUAUUGAGGAAGGUUUCCAAAUCCCAAAAUGGGUUUGUUUGUCUAGUGUGACUGUGUUCUACCUCUGCUGUCAGAGGCAUUAUGCCUCUGAAUACUAGUUGCUGACGAUCACAAGUGAGGAGAGUGCUGUUGGACUCAUGUCUUGUUUGCAGGUUUCCCUUUGGCCAUGGUAGGAACAGAAUGCUGGACUACAUGGUUCCCCUUUGGCCUGAUCCAGCAGUCAGGCUCUCAAGUCCUUUUGCAGGUGUUGCCUUGCCUGCAGUUCCAUUUACUGCAGUUCCGAAUCAACUAAGGCUGUCAAAGCACCUUCAGGUUGUGGGCAAUGUGUUUUCUUCAGUUGCAGUCAUGGCUUUCCCCCCCUUCCACCCCUCAAGACUGUGAAAUUCUGUUCUCAAAAUUGCAUUGGGAAUAUAUGUUCCACUGCACAUGUUUCUCAGGAUGGCAGGGCAUUCCGUCGUACUCACAAGUGGCCUACAAACUGGGUGAGAUCAUAGGCUUGUAAGCAAGGAGGAGUUUCCUGUGACAAAUCACCCGCCUUGCAAUGGCCUGUGGUGCCGUCAAAAUAAAACACAAGGUUUUUAUGGUUGGGAGACUUUGUCCUGGAUUUCAGUAUGGCUUUUAGCAGAAAGUGGAGAACUUUUACAAAGCAAGGCCUUUCAUAUUAAGGUUGUGUCAACAGGAGAACCAUAGGAAGCUGCCUUGUUAGACCAUUGAGGCCUAUCUAGCCCAGUAAGUGUCUGCACCAACUGGCAGCAGCGCUCCAGGGUUUUGGAGAGGGAUCUUUCUCCAGCUGUACAUGGAGAUAUCCAGGAUUGAACCUGGCACUUUCAGCAUGCAAAGCAGGUUUUCUGUCACAAAGACAAAACCUUCCAGAGUUGAAAAUAGCUAGAAAAUAGUUCAAAGUAACUUUUUGAAAUUUUAAUACUUUGCCUGUUAAUAACUGCGAAGCCUCUUUCUCUGCUCAUUGCCAUAAACUAGGGCACAAGACAGCCCUUCCAUGUGUGGGUCAGGAAUUGCAGGCAUGCAGAUGUCCAUAGGGCAGUGCCUGCCUAUGGGGAAGGGACACAGUCAGUGCCAGGCAGGAGGUUCUUGCAAUUUGCUCUCUAUUUCAAAAGUAGCUUGCUAUGCAGUACAGAGGCUGCUGGCCAAGUCAAAAGCCCCAUUGAGAGCGUAGAAUUGUGUGCUGUUCUGGAUUGUGGGCCAAUUGUUUGGAGUGCUCAAAUGACCAGUCAUAAGAGUCUGCUCCUGAAGGGGUUACCUAAAUCCUCUCAAGUAUUGGGAAAGAACACUCCCUGGUUUUAAUAGAUUUUAGAUACGUAUAUAGUUUUAAUUCUGCCAGUGUUUAAUUGGUUUUUUUAAUUAUUGUUUUUUAUAUGCUUAUAGCAGUUCUAAUUUUUAUCUGUAAGCCAAGCAGAGUCCUGUUGAGGAAAAAGGCAGGGUAUUAAUCAUACUCAUAAUCAUUCUCUCUGUAUCUUUUGAUGCUUCAGGUAAGUCUUCAAAGCAGGAUUCAAUAAGCUAAGGAGCACACAUAAAUAAAUGAGACGGAAGAAGUAUUUCCCUCCCACUAUUUUACUCAUCAUGUGCACCUGAAUCUUGCACUGCAUGCUUUAAUGUGCAAUACAGUGGAACCUUGGUUCUCAAACUUAAUCCGUUCUGGGAGUCCGUUCGACUCCCGAAACUGUUCAAAAACCAAGGCACAGCUUCCGAUUAGCUGCAGGAGCUUCCUACACUCAAGCAGAAGCCAUGUCAGACAUUCGGCUUCCAAAAAACGUUCGAAAACUGGAACACUUACUUCUGGGUUUUCAGCAUUUGGGAGCCAAAGCAUCCGAGUACCAAGGCGUUCAAGAACCAAGGUACAACUGUAUAAAAAUCAGGGUGGUUCACGAGAGAGAAAGAGUUCCAUAAUCAGGACAUAGCUGACUUCCCAUGGUAAGCUUAAGGUUGUGAGAAAUGGUCUCUUUAAUUUUAUGUUGUGCCACGCCCUCAUUUUGUAUUAUGUCACAUCCCCUCUAUGUCUGGCACCCCCAGUGCCCUCUCAAAAUUCAGAAUGAGCCCACUAGUCUAAAAGGGCUGCCUACCUUUGCUCUACAGGGUGUACAAACUAGUGUCGUCCUUGUGUGUAUCCUGUUGCUAAGCAGUAUCAAAAUAGGCAGGAGCUCUCAGUGACAGAAUGCUGGGACCAGAUGGGGAGCCUGAAGCAAAAUGGUAUUUUCUGGAUGAUAUUCUCCAACCCUGGCAGGGUCCCUGUUUCAAACAAGAGGCCACUAAGGUUCCCUUUUCAGUGCUUAUCUAAGCAUAAAUGGAAGUUUGAUCAUAUGCAAGGCAAGUGCAUAACCUGCUUGUGUUUUACCAUUCUAUAAACCAAUAAAAGACUCAACUUUUUUAAAGUUGACAAAACACAGACAUAGCAAAAAUGAGAAUUCCCUAGACAUGAAAAUAUCUGGUAGGCUGAAAGGCAGGGGUAUCAAUGUUAAAAUUAAAAUAGGUAGCAAAUACAGACAAAUGACACAUCACCUGUCAAAUGCAAGAACCCCCUGGAGCUAUAGGAUGCAGCUAGUAGCCUCCUGACCACACUCCAGUUUUGUACCCAGGAGGAGCAGACAGGACCGCCUCUCUUAACUGUGUGCAUGAGACUGGCUGGUUAAGGCUUUAGCUUGUUUGUGCUGGUACCACAGAAAGUACAAUUAAUCCGUUUUAGAGAUCAGAAUAAAAGAGAAAUGGGAGGAGAAUCUGGGUCGGUGGUAAAGGAAAUGGACCUGAAGCUCAUUACAUCUUAUAAUUUUCCGGGGAGGGGGAUUAGAGUUGUGGGUACCUUUUCCAUCUUCACAGCUGUGCGGUCCCCAAUCUAUCGCUAAACACAGAUGUCCAGCUGACAGCAAGGAAAGACCAUUGACAGGGUGGGAAGGAGCAUCCUGUGUCCAUACUCACGCACAUCCCAAGACACCUGAACAGCAUUACAAGCCUCCUGUUCCCGGGUGUCUGAAUCCAUGAGCAAAAGCACCCCAUUAAGGGGUGGCAAUACAUAUGACACAACUUUGUCGCUGGUCCAACUUCCACCUCCACAUAACAGCUUGCCUGCAGUGACUGGACAGAAUCACUCUAUUCUUUAUCCAAACGAUUUGGCUGGCAUUGAAAGCAUUUGGAUAACUAUGCAAGUGUCUGCCUAAACUGCCACUGAUCUGAGAGUACAUGAGCACUGAGAUAAUCUUGAGGAUUAGUUAACAGAAGUUAACUAUCCAGGAGCUUUACUGUACUUGCCGCAUCUGAAAUAGGAAUAGAAAUUUUAAGCAGUGUUAAAAACAGCACAUUAUUUGAUUACUUCCUGGGAGCUAGUGUAGAUGGCUAGAACAUGGAUAUGGCUUUUGGGUCUCAUUGGGAUAGCUUUUGAGGGCUGGGGCUGGUGGGAGUUGCAGUCCACGCUGCUGAAUACCAGUUGCUGGAAACUGCAGGGAGGGGGGAGAGUGCUCUUCUGCUCAAAUCCCACUUGCAGGUUUCCCACAAUUAUCUGGUUGGCCACUGCGAGAACAGGACACUGGACAAGAUGGGCUAUUGGCCUGAUCCAGCAGGCUCUUGUGUUCAUGGAAAUCUAAGUUGGGUCUGAUGGGAGUUGUGGACCAAAAUAUCAGGAGGGUUUAGUGAAGGCUGAAAUAGAUCUUUCAGUUAAAAGUCGGGGGAAAGGGAAUGGUGUUUCAUACUUUCUUUAAAACUUGUAGGAGCCAGCCAUAUUUAAUUUUGGAAAGGAGUUCCAUAAGGUGGGAGCCACCACUGAGAACAAUCUGCCUCCCUAGGGAAGCUUGGCUGCCUCCUUUGUUAAUGUCUUUUAGGUACCAAGUGAGGGCAGUCCUGCUUCCUUUGACUUACCCUGAGGUUUGGCACAAGUUCUGUUCAUUGUCAUACUUCUGAGCGCUUUUUGAGUUGUUGGUCUUGACCUUAUGCUGCACUUUUAUUUUAGCCUUUUAGCCUGUUUAUUGUUUUAUAAUUGUACUGUGAGCCCCCUUAUGGAUUCAACAAAAGGAAAUACUUUUAAACAAAUAAAAAUGAUAUUUCUAAAUGCACACCAUGUGAUAUGGUCUUAAUUCCUAAGCCAUCUCUUGGGCCAUCCCCAGUGGUAAGGGGACGGUUUAAAGCCCCGCCCUUCUUCUGUCUUGCUAAUUCAGAGAGUUGCCCUGUGCUUCUCCUCAUUGCUAGAAGCAAAAUCCCAGCCUUAGCAUCCCUAGACAGCUGGUGUCUCAUUGGAUGCACACAGACCAAUAUUUCUGAAACUCUGGCAGUAAGGAGUUUUGGUCAUUUUAACCAACAAAGACAAAGGAUCUGAAGCAGCUCUUUGUGGCAGAUUUGUAAUAUUUGCCAGAGGGGGGAAACUGGCCCCUUAAAGUUAUGGAGCCUCUUUGUCUUGGCUUCUGCACAAAGCUGCAAAUUUUUCCAUGUCUUCCUCCACCCUGGCCUGGCAGCCAGUCCAGCCAUUGUGCUAUAGAAAGUGAGCAGGAUGUAUUGGUAAUGCAGUCUCUAGUCUCCUGGCUCACUGUAAAGCUAGUUUCCCAAGGCUAGGAAGCCUUUCUGAAGCAGAAAACAGAAAUACCUCAUCUGCCAAAGAACUGCCAAGCCAUGGAAACUCAGGGCCCAGAGUGGCUUCAUGGAUGAGGCUCUACACUGCUGUAACUUCUCUGGAGUUUCGAGUUCCUUUCCUUUCAUCACCUUUAAUCCCUCACUCAAGGUUCAAGAGUUACGGUCUCAGUUUGCAAUUUGAAAGUGGAACUUGAGGGUUGUAUCCAAGAGUAGACCCACUAAAUGAAUGAACCUAAGUUAUGUCCAUUAAAUUCAUUGGCCUUUCUCUGAAGAGAACUAGCAUUCAAUAACAACUCUGAGUCACAGUUCAUGGUCUCUUCUAAUAUGUGUCAGCAUCAGAUUUUCUUUGUAUUUCCUUGUUGGCCAUCUGGGACUAUUUAAUUCCCACCCUCGCUUCAUCACUUGCCCUACUUCUUAGUUUAGCCUCUGUCAAAGUUGAGCCUGUAGAACAGGACUUGGAAUGCCUUCUAACCAGGAAAUUGCCCUUCCUGGUGUUCUGUUUUCCCCCAUCAUACUUCCAGCUCUGGCUAAUGACCAAUCGUCAACUUGAAAAAGCAAACCUAGCCAUUUCUUACUGAAUGAGAGUAUAGGCAGAGCUAGGAUAAAUCUCAGACACCUGCUUACCCAGGGUGCCCAGAGGUUUGCCUAGGAAUUUGAAAUGUUUUUCUAUCCCAGAGAACAGUCACAUAUGAAAGAGUGUAAUAUGGACUCUGGCACACAGUUUUGAAAAUUAAAAAACAAUUUCCUCAUCCUGUUCAUGCAGAGAAUGGUUGGGAGUGUGUCUGCAUUUACUUAAUGAAUUUGCCAGUUAGACAGUGCUUAGAUGAGCUCCCCGUGGUCAGAGAAUGGCCCUUUCAUUCAUUCCACAAACCAUUUGUCUUCAUGUUUAGACUGGAUAAUUUUUUCUUUCAGUUUUUGGAGAUUAGAAUAUUUCGUAUUGGAUAAAGAAGUGCACCACCUAGUUGAUAAAACAUGUUUGUUUAGGCAAGAUGUUGGCGUGCUUUAAUUUUAUGCUCUUAAGUUUAAUUCUUUUAAAUGAAUUAAUUACUUUUUAAAAACUGUGGAUAUUUUUAUUACUCAUUGUAAACCAUUUGUAGAUUUUUAUUACAAUCAAGUGAUAUUUAAAUUUGGUUAAAUAAAUAAAUUUUAAGUGUACAAGGAGUCUCAAAAUGCAAACACAGCUGCACAGCUGUACUGACCCUGAAUUAGCUCCUCAUCUUCAGAGGACAAGGGUUGGGAUGCAGAAUAGAAGAGGGAAUUGCCCUCAGGGCCAGCCCCAGAUGUCUCUACCACCACAGAAAAUUCAUACAUGGAAUGGUCAAUACUGUGGUAUGCGAACCAAUGUUCAUACUAUUAGCAUAAGACAGAUUCAUACAUUUCUGGGAACUUUCUUUGUUCCCUUAAUUUUUUCCAAAUACUUUUGCUGGUCUUCUGGGGACCUCCCAAUUCAACAGCUGGUCUUUUUCUUAACUAUGCAAAUAGCUGAGUAGCCAAAAACUUCACUUCUGCUGGGGAAAGCCACUUCACAUUUUUGAGGAAGGACUCUUCUGCAUCCAGAAGAUUAUUCUUCUUCCUCUUUAGCCUUGGCAUUAAGUGCUGUUGCAUACCCUCUCCUUCCUUCGAUGCUUUAUUGUUCCAAAACGUGUCUGGAACAGCUUAUCUGUUUCCCAAAUGCAUCCUAUUAUGUAUUGUGGAUGCUUGGACAACCCAGCCACUUGCAUGGUGGAUUGGAGGACAGAAGCAACAUGUUUCUCUAGUUAGUCAUACUUUGAAGGCAGACAAUAUUACCCCAUCUUUCCACUGUAGUGAAACCUAUAUUCUCCCCCUAAACAUGAUUACUCAGGUAAGUUCUGUUUGGUUAAAUCUUUUUCAAGGGAAGUGUGCUCAGGAUUGUACCCUUAGAUUGCCAUUCUAAGCACGGUUCUGAAUAAACCUUUCUGAUCCAUGGUUUUAUCUGAAGUGCAGGCAUUAGUCAGAAUGCAAGUACCAGAUGAUAAGAUGACAGCUCUUGAAUUACUGUAAGGCUUCUGUACUUCUGGUCAGCUCCAGAGACUUGGCUACUUGCUUUACUUCCAGCAACUAGAGCCAAUUAUUGCAACUGACUGGAGUUUCAGGGAGCCUCCUAUGGAAACUCUGGUGAGCCAAAGUUUGAGCGACAUUAUUUAUGGAAAAUCUUCCAACCCAUUAGAGGUUAGUCCGUCCAGGGAAAGGGGAACCUUCUUUGAAACUUUUGUUUGUUUGCUUGUUUGCUUGUUUGCUUCUGUGGAUUCUGAAUAGGAUUGCUAUAACUCAUUCUUGCAUGUUAUUGCUGGAUUGAGAGGCUAAAAUGGCUGGAUUUGACUCCCAUUGGUGUCCUGUUUAGUGAGGUUUAGCAAAUCAAGGAAAAUGCUGCUCAUUAAGUAUACUUUCUAAAAUUUCAUUUUUGUUCUGAAACGGAUAUUUCUUAAGUCGUUCACUGUUCCUGUAUAGCCUGGCUUUGUACUGCUAUGAAAGAAAAUUGGGGUGGGGAGAAAAACAUGAUAUACUGAAAGGCUAAGGAGAAGCCUCACCCUGAUUCUUAUCAGUCCCCUUCCAUACAGUUGUGUCUUCUGCAUUCUCAGGUUCUCAACACCUCACCAAAGAAUUUGAAGUAGUCAAAGGCUGACAAGCGCAAAACAGAAGGAAGUGAACAAUGAUAUUUUUCUUAAAAGAUUCUCGUCCUCUUGGUUUUGAUAAAGGGCUGGUCUACAUAGGAACAUAGGAAGUGGCCUUGUAGCAAGUUGGACAGUUGGUCCAUCUAGCUCAGUAUUGUCUAACUGAGUGGCAAUGGCUCUCCAGGUUUUCAGACUAGGGUCUCCCUGAGCCCUACAUGGAGAAGCUGGCAAUUAAACCUUCUGCAUGCACAGGUCUACCACUGAGCUGAGCUGCUUUUUUUAAGGUAAACAUUUCACCAGGCUAGUGCAAGCUCCUGGCUGGGAGCCCGAGUACUACAACGCAGAAAGAUGCCCUGGCUGCUGUUGAACGCAGUGAGACCAUUCCAACUCGAUGGCUCAGAAGGGGCUGGGAUGCCUGUGUUUUUGAACUUUUCUCUCUCAUUGGGAGGAGGAAGAAAAUAAGCACAGUAACCAUCCUUGGGUUCAUGUGGGAUCUGCCAAUUCCCAGGAAAAGCAUGAAGCCUGCGAAUAAAUAAAUCUGGCUGGCAGCCAGCUCGCAAGCUUAUGGAAAAAUGCUUUUCAAAACAUGCUGCCAAGGAUUGCCUCAGACCAGGUAGAGUUUCACAUCCGCAUAAUGGGGAGAGUGUUUUUCUAGAGCGCACAGCUCUGGGGUGCUUUCUGUAGUGCUGCUGCACAAGUUCUCCCUGCCACUGCAUCUAAUUCUUCUGAAAUCAUAGAAUUGUAGAGUUGGAAGGUACCCCCAGGGUCAUCUAGUCCACAUCCCUGCCAUGCAAGAAUCCUGCCCAUAGCCAUCCCUGUGCGGGCUUUAUUUAUACUACAUUUCCCUUGCCCUGCCUUCAUGGAGCUUAUUUGUGCAGCACAUGGUCUCCUCCUUUUAAACUUCUGUAAGGAAGCUGCUCUGGCGAACUGGCACCAGAGCAGCACAUGAAACACCGUUUACCUUCCCGCUAGAAAGCGGUACCUAUUUAUCUGCUUGCACUUAAUUGUGCUUUCGAACAGCUCCUGCCCACCUAGCAGUUCGAAAGCACAAUUAAGUGCAAGUAGAUAAAUAGGUACCGCUUUCUAGUGGGAAGGUAAACGGCAUUUCAUGUGCUGCUCUGGUGCUGGUUUGCUGGAGCAGCUUCGUCACGCUGGCCACAUGACCCAGAAGUGUCUGCGGACAGCGCUGGCUCCUGGCCUCUAGAGUGAGAUGAGCGCACAACCCUAGAGUCUGUCAAGACUGACCUGUACGGGCAGGGGUACCUUUACAUUUACCUUUAGGGUAGAUAAUACAUGGGUGAUGGGGGGAGUGUCCACAGGUCACCCAGUGGACUUCAUGGCUGUGUGGCCAAAUAGGCGAUAGAAGACUGGGCCUUUGCGGUGAUCUGCUGUCAACUUGGGGCAUGCAUCAUUUGUGCUGUGGUGAGAGAAGCAUGUUGCAGUCAUGACCCCAUAGACAGCAGCACGAUGUCAUAAGUAGUUCUGAAAUAGCCUUUCUUAGGCUUUUGAUCUCCGGAGAUGUUUUGUACUACAAUUCCCAUUAGCCCUGGCCAACCUAGUUGUGCUUGCUGGGGGCUGAUGGAAGUCGUAGUGCAAGACACCUCUGGAGAUCCCCAAUUUGGAGAAGGCUAGCCUCAGAAGACAAGGUGGUACUCCUAGAUACAAAUGCAUAUUUGUUCUAUCCUGCUUUACAUACAGAUCAUUUCAGUGCUUCUUCCCCCUCCCCUCUCUUUCUCAACAGAGCGGAGAAAACUGAAGUCCUCAGUGAAGAUCUGCGACAGGUAUUUUAAUUUAUUAAUUAAUGGCUGCCUCUGGAAGAGGGGUCGGGGGAGGCACUGGCUGUUUCUCACGUGCUGGAUGGGAAAGCUGCAACACAAUUUCAGGCAAGAGAAGAAGGAAUUUACCACAAUAGCCAGAAGGGAAUUUGAAAGGUUCUGGAGGGCAGGUAGUGUGGUCAGAAGUGAAAUAAAAGAGUUAGUAUUCAUAGUCACUGUGCUUACUGCAGCAUGGCAGGUUUUAGUGUGGUUGUGACAAGACCUUCCUCUAUUCCACUUAAGUGGGGAAAUGACCUCUGCAAAUCAUUCAGAUUGAGUAAAUAAACCUCUAUUGUUUUACAUAAUUUGUCUAGCUACCAAGGUAAGGCAAGAAGGGAGGGAGCUGGCUGGUACACAAAAGUAUGCUUAUUGAGCCUAACAAGUUUCAAAUCUAAAUCCUUCUUUGAAACAACCACCUUGAGACUUUGCUCUCCAAUUCUAUUGCAGAAAGAAUCAGUUGGACACCAAGGACUUGGGCUGGUUGUUAUGCAGGGUGCUCCCAAGGAAGGACUUCUAUGCACCUCUCAUUUUCCUGCAUUUGGUGCCUUCCCAUUUUUCUCUUCCUGCCCAGGGCAGGAGCAGCAAGCUGUGCAGAUUAUUCCUGCCUGCUGGUCUGGCACCUGCGAUUUCAAUGGGUGUUUCCUUUAUAUUUUGAAGUUUGGCCUCCCAGCCAUAAGGGAAAUAAAAAUGAAGUGUAAGCUAAGAUUUUCAAAAUGCUGAAAUUGUCCUAUGUAUGUCUGAGAUAUGGGUGUGUGUGUGUGUGUGUGUGUGUGUGAGAGAGAGAGAGAGAGAGAGAGAGAGAGAGAGAAAUCUCAGAAGAGUGCAAAGCACAUAGCCUUACUUAGAGCUUCUUGGCUGCAUGUGUUGCACAUGUCUGAGUUUGAAGAGAGUUUCCUGAUAAGCAAAGGCUCCGCCUUUCCCCUCGUCAGCCUCUGUUGAAAUCUGGAUCCUUUGCAGUUGCCGGAGGGAGCUUUGUCUCAUUCCUUCGUUGGAUCACACAGAGCAACAAGCAGCAAUGUCCUCCCACUUGCGCAACAGAAAGCUGCUUGCACAAUGGGGAUUCCAAUUUCUCUUCUCCCCCUCUGGAUCCCCCAAAAUCUGCUCUGGAGGGACCCCCAACCUUCUGGAGAAGAUUUUGGGGUCAUGAGGGGAUUGCUGUGGGGGGGAGAGGAAGGAGAAACACUGUUGUGCAAGCAGCAUACCCCCUAUAUUACAUUUAACCUCACUCAUAACCCGCUCAGUCCCAUGGGUUUCAGCUGUGUUUCGAAGCACACAUGUUUACCCGCUUUGCUCCAGGGGGAGAUAAAGAGGAUGCCCCUGUCUUCAUGAUCCCAUGAGAUAUUUCUAAUCUGCCACUCAACAGAGUAAAUUAUGACUGCUAUGUUUCUCAUUCUAUCCGUAUAAAAAAUGUACUGUGGAUUGCUACUGCAGUGUCCCCUGAGUUUAGUAGAAUGAAAGGAAUUACUGGAAAACGAGUGAAAGCAACUAAAUACCAUUUUUAAAAAAAAUUCUCCUGAAUUUGUAAAGUGCUUAUCAGUAUACAUUUAUGGCUUUUCAUUUGGAAACAGGGAAGCAGGACGUGAAGUUCCUAAUUAGACUGCACUGCCCACAGCCGCCUCCUUGCUCUGUGUUUUCCAGCCUAGCUAUAUUUCACCUUCCAGACUUGAGAUUCAGCUGUUUGUUUUAUAGACGUGGGAUCAGAAGCUAUUUUCCCUUAUUUUAUUUUUAUAUUCCAACUUUCCUUCAUGUGACUAACCGGGGUUAUGGUCUUUCUGAAUCAGAGGGGUGGGGAAACGAGCAGAUUUUGGCAGGGCUGCCGUGUAAAUAUCUGCAGCUAAGGAUCUUUUUUUAAAAAAAAAUAGUGCCUUGUUGCCUUGGUGAUCCUAUGAAAUAUUUGGAGUGGAGGGAGGUGGAGAGAAGCCAGAAAUUGUUCCAGCCGACUGUUGGCAAACCAUUUUUUUGCAAGCAUGGGCUUCCCAGGCACAGGCGCUUGACCUGUCAACGCCCAAAUGGAACUGCUUGCUCAUUUGCUUGUUUGGCUUUGCUGCUGAACAGAAUCCUUCCAAGUGUGUCUGAUGCUGGGUGUACAUUUUCAGUUGCAUCUCCUCCUCCUGUGGAGUUCCAUGUGUUUCGCCAUAUGGCAGAGAACGUUUCUGUCCUUUGGAAUGCUCUCAUUUUAAACACGUUAAUUUCCAGAGAUGGAGUAGGGCCCCUUCUGACAGAAGGAAGCUUUCCAUCCGUUGCUCUGGACUCACUUAAAUGCCAAAGGGCUUAACAAUAAGUUGCAAAGCAGAAAGAUGUGUAGACUUUAAGACCAGCUGUUUGCUGAUAAGAACAUCUGCGAUGUUCCUAGUCUUGCUGGGAGAACUGAAAAGUUGGCAUUUCAAAAGUGCAGUUUGUUCCUGAGCUGUGAGGCUGGAGCCCCUCUGCCUCACAGAAUGGAGCCAAAAGGGGCCAAGGCUGUGUAUAGUCCUACUCUGUGUGCAUCCGUCUCCACAGUAGACAACUGACUUAUCAAAGGAGCAUCUUCCUCUGUGCCUUAAAUGUCUGGUGGCUGUGUGGAAGAAUGAGCUGUGUUAACCAAACAGAAGGUCAACAGCUUCUUGUGUGGUGACUUGGACUCUUCUCAGUUGCAUGUUUUUUGUCCCAAGUGAAAGAUGCUUUUUGGCCAGGGAAAGAAGAAAAAAGUGUAUGGGCCAGAAGAAAUACUUGGAUGCUGUUCCAGCUUUCUGAGGGGAAGCUGCUCCGUGUUCCAGUCUGCUCACCAGCUGCGUCAGUCAACAGAGCUGGAGGCAGCAGAUUGAACAUCCUGUUUGUGGCAAGCCUUGCAGAGCAGGGAUCCAGCUGAGCAUCACAGAAUUCAUGAUGAGGGGGAUCCCCAGCCACUGUUCUGUCCUGCUUCACUGGGCCGUGGUUGAGGGCCAUGGUUCCAAAUGGUGUUGCAUGAGAAGGGUCUGAAUUGUGCCCUGGGCGCAAGGCAUUCUAUGCCCAGUGGAGCAGAUGGGCCCUGCAAAGCCUUUUGUCUCAGUACUUUGGCAGUAGUGACAUCCCAAGGGAGGAAGGAGGAUAUGUCAGCUACUACAACAGACAGGCAAGGGGGGUGGGAUCUCUGAAGCAUCACUGUUACCCAUAAACAGCACUAUCUUUUUCUCUGCCUUAGUGUGGAAUGUGUGCAGAGUAGGGCAUCAAAACUGAUUAAAGGGACUGGAAGCCAAGCCUUGUGAGAAACAUUUGAGGGAGGUGGGAAUGUUUGGCCUGGAGAAGAGGAGUCUGAGGAGUUAUAUUAGAGCCAUCUUUGAAUAUCUGAAGAGUUGUCACAUUGAGGAUGGAGGAGGCUUGUUUUCUACUGCCCCAGAGGGGAGGCCCUUAACCAAUGGAUUCAAAUUACAAGGAAGGAGAUUCCGACUAAACAUUAGGAAGAACCUUCUGACAGUAACAGGUGUUUGACAGUGGAACAGACUACCUUGGAGGCUUUUAAAGCAGAGGUUGGAUGGCCCUCUGUGUGGGAAUCCCUUUAAGACAACUACAGCGCCUGAAGACAGACAGUCGUGCAUCCAUAACAGUGACCAGAGGAUGCAUGACCCCUGGGAGUAGCAUAGAGAGAAGUAACACCAUAGUUCAUCAUCAGCAAAACCUUCAUCUGCCCCAGCUGCAACAAAUCAUGUCUCUCUACAGCCACAGCAGGUGCUGUAACCUUCCAACAGUUUGACUUCACACCCAAAGGUUCACUUCUCCAUUGUGUCCCAAGACAGACAGAUCCAAACCAACCAUAAUGGAUGGCCAUCUGUCAGGGAUUCUUCAGCUGUGAUUCCUGCAUUGCAGGGGAUUAGACUGGAUGAUCCUUGGGUUCCCUGCCAACUCUACAAUUCUAUUAUUCUAAUGUUUAAAAAUCCAUGCAAGAAGCAAAGCCAGUAGCAAUAACAGAACCCAAAGAACCCAUUCAAGAGGCCUGGUGUGCUGGACAAAGGGGGAGCUCUCAAGGAUCCACAUUGCCUGGGCUACCCUACAGUUGCAAGGAAGGUGCCUGCCAUUUGUUCUGGGAGCUGCUUAGGAAAAUGCAUGUGCAUCUCUUUGAGGGUGGGACAGAAGCAUGUCUCAAGUUUUAAUGCACAAAAGUUGGUCUUAAGAACAAAAAAAGAGCCUGCUGGAUCAGGCCAGUGACCCUUCUAGUCCAGCCUCUUGUUCUCCCGGGAGCCAACCAGAUUUUCACUCUGCCACCACAGCAUAUUAGCACCCAGUGCCAUGUUGUGAGCUACUUUGGGAUUUCAGUCAAAAAGCAGGAUACAAAUCUACCAAAUAUAAAAAGAUUUGGGGAAACACUAGUCUGGCAUCAUUUGCACGUAACAGGUUUUGGUAAAGCAAAUGCAACUAGGCAGACCUGUAUAGCCUCAGAAGUGGCAAGGCCCUCAAAGGUCAUUGGCUGAUGCAGGAAAUCCUCUCCUACAGCAGAGGUGGGCAUCUAAUUGCUUCUUUAAAACUUUUAACAACGAAGAACCUGCCACCUUCCCAGGCUCUACUCUUAAAACAGCUCAUGCUAUCAGGGAGUUCUUUCUAACAUGUAAUUGAAAUAGUCUUCCUUAUACUCUGAAUUUUUUUGUUCUGGUCCAGUUUAAUAAAUAGACAGAUACAGAGAAAUUGCUCUGUCACCUAUGUGACAGCUGCUCAAAUAUUUGAAGGUGGCUGGUUAUCAUAGUACCUCUCCUGCAGACUACUUAUAAGCAGUACCUUCCAUUUUUCCACAUAGGUCUUGGUCUCCAGGCCCCUCACCAGCUGGUUGGAGUGAGAAAUGUUCAGGCUAUCCGUAUUUUUAAGUUCAGCAUUUUAAAAGGCUGCAGAGAGGAUUCCUAUCUGUUUACAUGCCUCUCUACAGUUGAAACUUGUUCUGCCUUUUUUCUUUUUUGGCUGGUUUUGUUCAAACAGAAACCAUUCCAGAAGGCCUCCUUUUAACCCUCAUGACUCAUCAAAACACAGAUAAACCACAUUCCUUUUGCUGUUGUGCAUGGAGGUUCCCAGCAGAACUUGGCAGACGUCUUUGCACUCUCAGAUAUUUGAACGAAGAUUCUUUCACAGAGGAAAUCUCAGUUCCUUAUCAAAUGCUUGCAAUUCCUUGCAGGCAAACCUGCCUUCCUACAGUGGCAUUUCCUUUAACGUUAGACCUGCCAGUUGCCCCACAGUUGAAAGGGUGCUGUCCACAAAAAAAGGACCAGCCCGCCUUUUCUGUCAGCUUGAGGCAGCUAACAAUUAAUAGUCUUAAAACAAGGCAGUGAAAUUUUAUGGCGUGUCUGGCCAGACAGUGCUCUGUUCCCAGGGUUCUACCUGGGAGAGGAGUUAAUGAGGCUGGAUCAAAUAAACGUUGGGUUUCAUGGUGCAAUUGCUAGACGUGGCUUCCUAGUACAAAGAGCCUCAUGUGCAGUUUCCCUUCCCUAUUUCUUCACCAUCUAGAUUGAGCGCCGUCUCGACAACGUGAGGUCCGUAUGCCACACUUCCUGCAAGAGGCUAGGCAUGUGUUUGCAUGGGCAGUCUGGAACAGAUGCAGAAAAGAGACAUGUAAGUGCCAACCCCUUCCAAGGAAAACUCUGCACCAGAUUUGGCCAAGCUGAAUCAGGCCAGUUCAGGGAGAUCCAUGUUUUGGCCCAAUCAGGUAGCGACACCCAGAGAACAGUCCAGGUUGGGCUGCACGAGUGAUCUGGGGCUGUCGGGGCAGGAAGAAGAGGUACGCAGCUCACAGUUCCCAAGCUGGGGAAGCAGACCCCAACGGGUUGAAUCCACAGCUCACCAGCUGUUGCACAGCCCUACUUUCAAGUUCCUCACUCCUCAAGUCUGUCCUUCCCAAAGUGCUCCUGUUCCACUGGGCUCCUCUGUCUCUUCUAAGCACUGCACAGAGCUCAUCCAGAUGUGCUGCCCAACAUCUGAAAGAAAAAGGGAUGCUUGGCUCCUGUUCUGGCAAGUCAGCCAUCCUUCAGAAGCCUCUGUAGUUUCGUAGAAUCUCUCAAGUUCUCCUGACCCUGCCAUGAUGCUCUUACUCCCCAUUACUUUUGCAUGUGCUAUUUUUUGGGUUUAGUUCCUAACCACAUUGUUAUCUCCACCCCGGCAGGCCAAAGAUGACCCACCGCACACCUGACAUAAUAUACAACAUCAGUUGUGUGUGGGUGAGUGCAGUUCAGGGAAGCCAGCUUCACGGGCCAAACAAGGACCCCAGUGGGCCAAGUUCGGCCUCCAGGCUGGAGGUUCCCCUCCUCUCCGCCUUGCACAGAAAUUUUGUGCAUUAGACUUCUUUAACAGAACUAACUGCCUCCUCCUCUGACAUUGCUCACCCAGCACCACCCAGAGCUCUGUCUUAGCUGGCAGUUGUGGAGUUCAUGCUGGGAGCAGUCAGGGGACUCCAGCACUGCAGGUGCUGGCCACGCUUUGAGGAACAGGGGCUGCUUGUGAAGGCUCAGAGUGCACCAGCCCAUACAAGUUUCUCUGUACAUGAUUGGCUUCCUGCACCCAGCAUCUGGGCUUAUCUUGAGAGAGGCAGAUACAGGAAGCACCCACAGGUCCCUCUUUUCCCCAAUAGGAGUUUUAACUGAAAUCACUCCCUCUCAGUCAAAAGGCCAAAAAAAAAAAAAGCCCCUUUGAAUUAUAAACAGGGGCUUUUGAUUGCAGGCAAGUAAAAAGAGGAGAGGCUUUAAAGACAUGUGCAGCCUUUAAUGAUUCUCCACAUUUGUUAAUCUGAAGAAAUGCUGCCACCCAUCACAGAUCCCAUCUUCACAGUUGCUGUAGAGAGUUGGAAUUGAUGCUCCAGCUCACAAGUUGAUAUACUAGGAACACAAGAAGAGCCUUGUAGCUGGAUCAAGCCCAAAUGCCCAUCUCGUCCAGCAUCCUGUUCCCACAGGGGCCACCCAGAUGUCCCAGUGGGAAGCCUGCAAGCAGGACCUGAGUGCAACAGCACUCUUCCAUUCUGCCAUUUCCAGCAACUGGUAGUCAGAAGGAUGCUGCUUCUGACAAUAGAGAUAGAAGAUAGACAUCAGGAUUAGUAGCUGUUGAAGACUGUGGCACUGUCUGUUAAGUGUAGUACACUCAGUCAUCAGGUCAGCCUCCCCACUCACCCCGCCCAAUGUCUCAUUUUAAAUCCUGUGCACAUCAUCUCGGUCUGACCCACCUAAGCUCCACUUCCUUUCCUUGUCAUCACCAUUCUCCCACCAUCUUUUUCCUGGUGCCCAGGUUCAGCAGCCACAGGUUGCUACUCGGAUUGGAUUUAUUGAACCCAAGUUAGCCAUAUCCUUUUAACUUAAAUGGUUCUACUCUCUCAGUAGGAAAGUAGCAUCAGACCUGGCAUUUCCUUAACCCCAACGAUAGCAGUAUUUGUUUUCUCUCCGCAGAAAAAGCUUCCUCUCACUGCUUUUGCUCAGAAUAUGCAGGAAGGCGCUCUGCAGCUAAGCGAUGAAACUUUGCUGGGGUAAGGGUUGCAUCACUGUUAUUUUUCCUGGUCAUGGUCAUUUGUCAUUUGGUCAGAUAUAACCAGUGACCUAAUUUUAUGCAUGUCAGGCAAAUGCACAAAUUCAGUAUUUUUUAAAAAAGAAUACAAGCUAAAACAGAUCUCAUGAAUUUGCUCCUGAAACUUUGGUUUUAAGUGUAAAAAUGAAAACCUUACAUGACUCCCCUGUAAUUAGCCCUGGAGAUCAAAGGAGCUCUCAUUACCUCUUUCCUUUCUCCCUCCCAAUGCUUGGAAUCCACCCAUCUAAUGCAACUGUGUAUUCUUCUUUGUUUUAAGGAAAAUGCUGGAGACUUGUGGUGAAGCAGAAAAUAAGCUAGCAAUGGAGCUCUCUCACCAUGAGGUGCAGGUUGAGAAAGAUAUUUUAGAGCCACUGAACCUCCUCUCAGAGGUAAGUUGCUUCUGCCGCUGUCCAUAACCCAAGCUUGACCCAUUCCCUAAAAUGACACAGUCAUUGAGACCCGCCAUGAAUCGGGUGUUGCUUUGUGUGCACUUAAGACAAAUAUAGCUGUCUGCACAACAAACGUCUCAGCUGUCAGCUUCCUGUCGUCUUACCCUUUCAGACGGAAAUCCCCAACAUUCAAAAACAGAGGAAGCAGCUUGCAAAACUGGUGCUGGACUGGGAUUCUGCAAGAGCCAGGUAAUACAAACACAUACACACACACACACACACACACACACACACACACACACACUUUCCUCUUCCUACUUCAGCACAGGAAAUACCAGGAUUUCAUCAUGGCUUUGGGGCAUCCUUCUCAGGAGCACUUGGCUGCUACGUAAGGCCGCAUCCAGUCUACAAAAACCUUUCCAUCUUGGUCCACUGCAUUUGGGGAAGAGACAUUUUAGCCUUGUCUCCUCGCUUUCCUCUGCUGAUCAAGAUGUCUUCCAGCUCCCCAGACACCAUGUGUCUGUCUGUCUUGUCACAAGGACAUAUAGCUGGUGGAAUGGAGUGUGUGUUGGCAGGUGCAUAAGACAGGGAACUGUAACACUAGAACUCAUGAACAUCCAAUGAAGCUCAGUAUUGGAAGAUUCAGGACAGAUAAAAGGAAGUCCUUUUCACGGCAUAAACUGUGGAACUCGCUUCCACAGAAGGUAUUGAUGGCUUCAAAAGAGGACUGGACAUAUUUGUGGAGGGAAAGGCUAUUGUUGACUGCUAGUCAUGAUGGCUGUGCUCUGCCUCCAUAGUUGGAGGCAGCAAUGCUUCUCAAUACCAGUUAUCACUGGAAACUGCAGAAGGGGAGAGUGCUCUUGUGCUCAAAUCCUGCUUGCUGAUUUUUCAUAGGGGCAUCUGGUUGACAACUGUGAGAACAGGAUGCUGGGCUAAAUGGACCAUUUGCCUGAUCCAGCAGGGUCUUCUUAUGUUCUCAUGCAUCCUAGUGGCCUCAGGUCAGGCCAUGAGUUGGCCUUGUGACUAAUCUGUUUGGCUUGCUUUUUGCCACAGGCCAACCCAAUUUCACAUCCCCAAACUUGCUUGCAGAUCAGAACACAACUCUCUCUUCAGUUAUGGACUUCUCCAAAUUUUGCAAUGCAGUUUCAGUCUCCCCAAAAUAUACAUUUCACAUAAAGAAAUGCAUGCAAAACACAUACUUUAGGCAGAAACGCAUUGGAAAAAGAAAUUCGCUUUUGCAUUUGGCAAAAGAAAGGCAGGCAGACGAUAGGGGACGCUACAAAAAAGAAUAUGAGCAGCUCAUUGCUAUUAAAAAACCCCAACAAAGGCCAUCACCAACAAAGCUUGAAAUACUUUAGUAGCAAGAUACCAGCUAGGAAAGCUAUUGGGGCUUUGGAUGACAAAGGAGACAGAGGCUCCCACAAGAGGCAGCAAUGGCCACCAACUUGGCUGGCAUUGAAUGCCAGUUGCUGGAAGUUGCUAGUGGAGAGAUUUCUGUUGUGCCCAGGUCCUUCUUUUAGGCUUCUCCUAGAUAUCUGGUGGGACACUGUGAGAAUAGGAUGGUGGCCUAGAGAGACCACUGGCCUAAUCCAGCAGGAUGCUUAAGUUAUUGGGUAAAAUAAUUAAAAUGCAUUUUUAAAAAUCAUAUUUUUUCAGGUAGCAGUUGCACAGAAUGAAUCCAAUUUACAUGGUUUUUAUUCCAUGAGUUCUUUCAGUAAGUGUGCAAAAAACCAGGCCAGGGCAGACCUGUGAUUGAGCACCAGGAAAACUUGACAUGGAGCAGACUUAGGCUGGUCCAUUGGUUCCACAAAGCAACACACUUCUUUAGGCAGGCAGGAUCCUGGGCUUGGCUUCUGAACCCACCUGUGCCUGUGCCCAUGCUUGUGCUGCUUCCCAUGUUCUUUACCCUGCUUGGCACACUGCAGGCACCACAAAGCGUUUAGCAGAGGGAGGGGGAAAAUAGAUUGGAGACCUGUGAUCAUUCCUCAUUGUUUUCCCUCUCUGGUGCUCUUUGUGCAAGAAGAAUAAUUCUGAUCUCUCUUGUGCAGAUGGAACCAAGCCCACAAAACUUCAGCCACCAACUUCCAGGGGCUUCCGUCUAAGAUAGAUUCCCUCAAGGAGGAGAUGGAUGAAGCGGGAAAUAAAGUCGAGCAAUGCAAGGUGCACUGAGAACUUUUGGAACACUUCCCUAGGGAGAACUGGGCUGCAUUCAUACCAUUCAUUUAAACCACACACACAAAGAGUCCUGGCAACUGCAGUUCAACCCUUACAGAACUACAAUUCCCAGCACCCAUAACAAACCACAGUUCUCAGGAUACUUGCUGGUGUGUGUACUUCAAAUAUAUGGCAUGUAUUCAGUCUUGGGCUAUUUAUUCUGUUUAUUUAUUUGAAAGCAUCUAGAGUCUUUCCCCAAUAUCUCCUUUCCCACCUGGAUUCACAGGAUCUGCAGGGGAGGCCUGACCUCCUUAUCUGGCUUCCAAAGACAUUGUCCAGUUUUCCCCCCAGAGAAAAUGUAUCCACCCGUCUCCUUUCUGCUGGGCUGUAUUUUCUACCUCACGUCUUCUGUUACCAGCCUUCUCUUCCACUUAGUGGACAUGUAGUGCAAAACAUUGUCGGCCCAGAACUUGCUUGUCUCUACAAUUAACCUCCUGGCCAGGAAAAUCUAGCUCCCCUUAGCUAUUGUUUUGAGAAGGCAAUAGGAGGCAUGAUUUGGCUAAAUCCUGGGGGAGGGCUUGUGGGUAUGUUCAAGAACUGAUCCUAUGGGUCACAUCCUGCACUGGGGAAGGGAGUUUAGGGGCACGGAACCCCUCUAAUUUACUAGUACUCACCAUGGCUAUUCCUUCCUGUAAAUCCUUACUCUACAGCUAACUCUGUGUAUCUCUGCUCACACAUACAUGGCCCAAAAGUGUGCUAAGAGAAGCCAAAUCCUGUGAUCAAAAUAAAUUAGGCAAAUUAGUGUAUAUUAGCAACCUCUUCCUAUAUUUAUUACUGUGUCACCCUGCUGCUUUGUAUCUGUUACUUGCAUUGCAUAAUUUAUUGAGGUUCUGCUAGCGUUCAGCAGGGUCAAGGAGCCAUGCAGAGGCUCAACUGCUGGAACUUUUCCACAGUUGGAGGCUGUAAUGCUUCUGAAUACCAGUUGCUGGGAACUGCAGGAGGGGUGAAAGUGCUCUUGUGCUCAAAUCGUACUUGCCAAUUUCCCACAGGCAUCUGAUUGUCCACUGUGAGAAUGGGAUGCUAGACUACACAGGCCCCCUUUGGCAGGCUUGCCUUAUAUUCUUAUGCCCAGGGACCCUCUCACACCACACAUUUUGCUGUACCAGGGGUGGGAAACUUCAGGCCCAGGGGCCAGAUGUGGCCCUCCAAGCCUUCUUCUCUGGCCCUUGGGACCUUCCACACCUUUUACCAGCCUUUUAUUUCCCUCCCCUUGUGUGGUUUUGCCUAGCUUUCAUGUGGCUUGAAUUUUAAUGUAUCUUUUUUAUUAAAAAAAUUAUUUAAUUUGAGUGGGUGGGUCUUGAAGCUAGGCUACUGUGCAAAGGCAAAAUUUUGCAUCUAUUGCCCUUCCCAUCACUAGCAUUUGGCCCCCAGAAGGUUGCCUAGAAGGAAAUGUGGCCCUGUACUACGCACUGCCUACUGUAUUGCCAAGCUUGGUGUGUAUGCGUUUACAGCCAUAUCAAUAUUAUAAUAAUGGAUAGAAUUAUGUUUCUGUAAAGCAGAUAGGCCAAGGAAUAUUUGACCUGAUGUGUGGCUAUGCAUAUGGAAAAGGGGCCAUUGAUGUGCAGAAUUUGCACAGCAUGAUGGGAUUGUGCAUUGGGAGGUGUUCUGGCCUGAUGGCUGGUGGACAGGCAGCCCAGGGAGGGGGCAGUUUAAGCUCCUGGGUUUUGCAUUCCUGUCUUCUUCUUGGAAAUGUGGUGCCUUCCAUGGGCUUUGCUGUUGCUGACUUGCAGUUUGUCUCGUUUUCCCCUCCUCCUCUGCCCGAAAGGAUCAACUUGCAGCGGACAUGUAUAACUUCAUUUCCAAAGAAGGCGACUACGCCCGCUACUUUGUCUCUGUGAGUACCUCUCUCUCCUCCGGGAGCUCUUCCUUUCUGCAGACAUACAUUUCACAUGCUUAAUCCGACUGCCUGUGUGUCGUUGUUGCUGUUGCUGUUGUUCUUGUUGUGUUCAUCCAAUGCUAACUUUUUGUUUUUAAAAUGUGGGUUCUAUUCUCAGUUAUUAGAAGCCCAAGCAGAUUACCAUAGAAAAGCAUUAGCAGUCUUAGAAAAGGUGCUCCCUGAAAUCCAGGCCCAUCAAGGUAAAGUAAACCUGUGCUCUGCCUCCUGCUUUUGCCUGUGCCACCUUUGCACUCUCCUCCUCUGACUUUUUCUUUUUUAUUCUCCCCCUUUGGCAUGCCAUCUUUCUGGAAUAAGGACACGGGGCCUUUCUUAAUGACACCAUCUUCCCAAAUUGCCCCCCAUCCUCUCUGCAGCUGCAUUUCUGACAUUCUUCCAAGCCUCUAUUAAUACACUAACAAACCAUGAUGGAUUUGGUCUGAAACUCCUCAGGGGGCAGCGCCAUGCCAUGAGCCUGCCAGAUCCACCCCUUGGCUUGCCCACCCAGAGCCACCACCUCUCCUGGCCACCUGUUGCUUUUUGGAUUGCCAUAUUUAGGAAUCCACAAAGCUGCCUGAUGCUACCUAGGCUAGUAUUAUCUCUUGAGUGGCAGCAGCUCUUCAAUGUCUCAGGCAGAAAGAGGAGGUGUUUCCCAGCCUUGAGAUGCAAAGGUUUGAAUCUGAGACUCUCUGUAUUCAAAGCUACCAAGCUGUGGCCCUCCCUUCAGGGUUGGGCUUUCAAGAGGCUGUUCAGAAACUUGGAAGCAAGCGAGGUGCCUUUGGGGAGUGAGUAGCAGGGCAAGAACAGCCUUCUCCAUCCUUUCAGAUGUAUCCUAGUAGGAUUGUACGGUGCUGGGAAUAUUGGGGGUUGCAGUCCAAAACAUUUAGAGGGACCCAGGUUGUCUAAGCCUGACCUAGAGUGACAGGGAGGGACAGGUGAGUAACAGGCAUUGCAGGGUGCUGGAAAAGACUCUACAGGCCACCUGUCAAUGAAUCCUAAGUCAGAGGAACAAAGGAGUUGCCAUGCAAGAGCCGACAAUGGAUUAUAUCCAACUUACUGGAGGUAGACCCGUUGAAAUUAAUGGACUGAGGUCAGUCGUGCCCAUUAAGUUUAAUGGGUCUAGUUUGAGUAUGGCUUCCUUUGGAGACAGCCCCAAAACUGCUACUUGCUUUCUUUCCAGUAGCCAGGUGCUUCCAGAGGAAGCCCACAAGCAGGGCACUGAGGUGGUGGCAUCGGUGCCUUCAAUUCAGAAGUAGACUGCCUGAGUACAUGGAGGUUCUAUAUGGCAAUAGUUUCCCACUCCCUCUAUUUCUAUAGUACAGGGGCAAAUGACAGUUCUCGUGUAGCCAUCACAGUACCAUCCAAGUGCAGGAGAGGUUAUCGGUAAAAUAUCAGCAGAAACAAUUUCAAAGUUUGAAGAAGUGUAAAAAUAUUUAGGAGAAAAUCAUCCUUAAGGCAGUGGGAGAUUGGGGGUGGUGCUCAGUGUUAAAUGAAAGCUUGUAGGAGGAAGAAUGAAAUGGAGUAUCCUGGAGUAGGGCUGUGACAGUCCUGGCUGCUGUGUCUACUCAUCACAGUGCAUAUGUGUGCAUGUGCAGCCUGACACUAAAGUGCAGAAUAAUCUAGGCUGGGGAUACUAACAGCUCCUCACAUCAUCAGAGCAAAGUGUAGACUUAAUAGCAAGAGAGAGAGGGAGAAGUAGAGGCUCAGUGGGCCUGAUUGGGCCUGUGGUCUUUAAGUGGCUCUUUGCAAACCCAUCAACCAUCUGAUACACGGAAUUGCACUGGAGUCUUCCAGGUCUCUCUGAAGAAGUAUGGUGGCAAUUUACAUUUGAGCAGGAGAGGAAUACGUCAGCCAUUCUGCUUUGGCCGGCCCUUGCAGUCCUAUCCAAAUGCUGCUGCAUGUCAUUUGGCGAUGAGCCGGAAGAUAGCCUGUGCUCUGCUCCUCUCCAUGUUGAUGCACUUCAUCUUCUGCCCAGGAAAGGGGCUUGGGAAGUGUCCGGUUGGGUGCUGGUGGUUCUGUGCACCCUGGUGCCUUGUGCCACGGCAAUGUGGCAGAAGCAUCAAGAGCCUUGGAGUGACCUUAGACAUCUCAUUGCUAGCACUUCCUGCAUAACUAACAAUCUGCUGAUGCUCUUAACUCCUCCAUCUCUUCAACUAGAAGAGCAAAUAAUAGUGUAAAAGUGUUUUCCUUGGCAGAUUGGGGAGAAAAGAAGCUGGCUCGUGCAAAACGAUAUGCAAGAGCCAUUUAAAAAAACAAAAAAACCUAUUUCCUCCGUAUUGCAGUGUUGACAAAGGUAAAUUUGGAUCUCUAUAAUGAUAGCAGCUCUUCUGUCUUGGAGAGUAGAUUGAACAGCCUUCCAAACAUUUAAUCUGUCAACAUUGUGGUUUCAUGUUUGCCUAAAGGGGCAGGUUCUGCACCUUUAUAUCCUGUGAGCAAAUCCUGUCUAAAGUCAGCCAGGUGACGUCAUACUGUGCCUUCCUCUUGGAGCCAGUUCACACCCCUGUUUAGGUGUGUACUGAUUUGCUCUUGACACAGGCUGAGUGUUCAAAUCUUGCUGGCCUUUGGAACAGGGCAGGUAAGCAGCUGGCAAAAAUACGGCUGACUUGAGCCUUUCUGCACCAGGUCAACCUGCUUCUGUGCCUGUGGCAAGCUAGUCUGCUCUAGCUUCACUCUACAGGAAGACCUCAAAUUGUGGACACCAUAUAGAAAAACCCAAAUAGGGUGGGUGAGGAGAAUACGUGUGCAGAGGCACAAUGGAAAACUUGGUCCCUGUGAGAGGAGAAAAUACUUUGAUCUGCAGUGGGUUUUCUUCAAUAACUGCCUCAGUCACAAUGUUUAAGACAGCUUUUAUUUGGUCAGAACAACAGCGGCUGCUGGGGAACCCAUAAAGGUGUGGUGCCCACAGGACUAAAAGUUACACAGUCUUAUAUAGAGGCAUCCCUUGCCUUUGUGUUACACAUGUGCCAAAAUUAAGUCACAUUCUCAAAGGAAAGCAGACCUGAAUUAGCAGGAAGAAUUCUGUGUCUUUCAAUUUGGCUCAACGCUGCAUUUUUCCUGCAAAACCUUCUUGACACAUUAUUAGUACAGCCUAAGUAAGCAGAUUCUCCUGACACUGUCCUUUCCCACAUUUUUUUUUUUACACCAGUUCACAUAAAAGCUACCUAUCAAUGUAUACAUUCGUACAUUCAUCCACUACACAAUCCCACCAAUGCGGUGAUCAUGCAACUUACCAUUUCAUAGGGACAGUUUGUGACCCAAGCAGUGUGGCCUAUGCUAAUUGGAUUCUGGGACACAGAAGGGAAUUUGUUCUCAAAGACCCACAGGAAAGCCUAGUUUCAUAGCAAGCAAUCAGUUGCAAAUCCCCACAGACUGGUGGGUGGUGAUUUCAUUUUGCUAACAGCUUGCAGUUCUGAGCUUGCACUGAGCAUCUCGAAGCAUGAAUGGCACUCAUCAAGGAGGCCAUGUGAAUUUGUCCUUCAGGAAAAGCCUGGCUUUUUUGCACAGGAGUCAGUAGCCAAGUCUUUGGCGAAUAUGAUUGCUUGAAUUGUGAGCCCUGGCAUCUAGAACUGCAUCAGCCGGUUGUACAGAGAUGGGCAAUAUUUGAGGGCAUUGGCUGUCGGCAGGGUUCUUCUUUUCUUUUUUUUACAAUGACAUUGCACAGGCUUGGCAUCCUUGCUACUCUCCCAGAGGAAAAUUUAAAGGGCUUUGCCAAGUGAACGGUUCAAAGCUGCUCAUAUCAUUGCUCACUGCUACUCCAGAUUCCCUCCUUUUACUGCUUUGCAGUAGUGUUGCUGACUGUUAUUUGUGCCUCUUUUGCUAGACAAGUGGAGUGAGAAGCCAGCUUUUGGGACUCCCCUGGAAGAGCAUCUCAAGCGCAGCGGCCGUGAAAUAGCCCUCCCAAUUGAGGCAUGUGUGAUGAUGUUGCUGGAAACAGGCAUGAAGGAGGAGGUAGGUUACCCAUUGUCUCACUGUUGCUCAGUGCCCUCCAGGUGCUUUGAACUACAACUCCCAUCAUGUUGGAAGUUGCAGUCCAAAGCCUUCUGGAGGGCACCAGGCUGGGCAAGUGGCAGCUUCAGCCGCUCUCCACCUUUUCCAAGCUAAAUAUACCCUUCAACCGUUCCUCAUAAGGCUUGGUUUCCAGACCUUUGAUCAUCUUGGUCACCCUCCUCUGCACACAUUCCAGCUUGUCAACAUUCUUCUUAAAUUGUGGUGGCCAGAACUGGACACAGUAUUCCAAGUGAGGUUUGACUAAGGCAGAAUAGAGUGGUUCUAUUACAUCCCUUGAUCUGAACACUAUACUUCUGUUGAUGCUGCCUAGAAUAGCAUUAGCUUUUAUUAGCUGAAUCACACAAUUGACUCAUGUGAAGCUUGUGGUCCACUAAGACCCUUAGAUCCUUUUCACAGGUACUACUGGCAAUCCAGGUGUCUUCCAUCUUAUAUUUGUGCAUCUGAUUUUUCCUGCCUAAAGGUAGAACCUGACAUUUGUCCCUGCAGAAAUCCAUUUUGUUGUUUUGGUCCCAGCUCUUUGUUCUGGCAAAGCAAAGUAAUGCGUAUUUAAUUGAACUGAAUGUUGACACCUUUGAGAUGGAACGAACUGCUUGGUGUAAGGUGCAACCUUAGCAGGUGCUGAAGGACAUUUUGUCAUGGUGCAGAAACUGCCCCCGUUAAGAGGAUUUCUCUUUUCCGUCAUGACACAGGGCUUGUUCCGGAUUGCGGCUGGAGCUUCCAAGCUAAAGAAGCUGAAAGCCGCGCUGGACUGCUCCACCUCGCAGCUGGACGAGUUCUACUCUGACCCUCAUGCCGUGGCAGGUAGGUCGCUUCCAAGAGAACGGAAUUGUAUGUUCCGGGGGCAUGGUUCAGGCUUCAUCACAGAUAAGGUAUUCAUGGCAAAAGCAACAGGGCCGGCACUCAGGUGUGAGAGGUGCAAUGCAGGCAUGAAUGCCAUAACAUAAUAAGAACCCUUCUGAAUCAGGCCCAUCUAGUCCAGCAUCCUGUUUUCACAGCAGCCAACCAGAUGCCUCAGUGGGAAACCCAAAAGCAGAAUUCAAGCACAAGAGCCCUCUUGUCUCUUGUGGCUUCUGGCAACUGGGAUUCAGAAGCAUUGCUGCUUCCAACUAUGAAGGCAGAGCCCAGCCAUCAUGUCUAUUAGCCAUUGAUAGCCUUCUCCCCCAUGGUUUGUCCAAUCCUCUUUUAAAGCCAUCCAAGAUGGUGACUUAUCACUGCCUUCUGUGGAAGAGAGAUGCACUGCCAUCAACCAUCCCCUGCUGUAGUGUUGCUGUAAGUCAGGGUUGGGAAAAUUGAAGCCCUCCAAGAGGGCGUUGGACUGCAGCUCCCAGCAGUCAGCAUGGCCAGUAAUCAAGGAUGAUGGGAGCUGUAGUCCAAACAACACCUGGAGGGCCACAGAUAUUCCCCAUCUCAGCUAUCAGCAACCGAGACCAGCACAGGACGCUCUUGUGUUGGGUGCCCUGGCUAAGGCCACUUCUGCAGUUCUUCAAACAUAAAUAAGAAAAUCUUCAAAGGCAGAAAGCUCUGAAAUAUGUCUCAUUUGAAGGGGAAAUGCAGCUCUCUUGGUAACAUUGAAAGCAUAACUUGAAAGUCCUGCCCCUCAAGGGAUCUUUGUUUCGAAAUUGUAGUUGAAUUGAUUUUCCCUGCUCCUGUGUUUAUGUCCUACGUCGGCUGCUUUUCAUAUUGCAUCUGGUAUUUUUAUUGUAUUAGUUUGUCUUAUUGAUUGUAAUGCUGCCUUGAGAGUUUUGUUGGUUUAAAAACAAAACAAAAAAAACCUUACUCUAAAUAAAAGGUCAUUCAGACACUGAUUUCAGUUAGCAGAGGAGAAUGCCAGCCUCCCUAGCAAUAACUCUAGUUCUGGGGCAGCUGCUUUGGAUUUCUCUGUUUUAUUUAUGCUCAUAAAUGUCUAUCCCACCCUUCCACAGAGCCCACACCUUUGUCUGUGUACCUACAGCUCCAUGAAUUUAACAUUUAACACGAACAAUUACAUUUCAUCCAGUCAGUCCCCUCAAUGCAGAUAGAAAUAAGGUUUGUUUCAUCAGCUUGCACUGUUGUGCAAAAUACAACACUAUCAGUUGGCAGUGACAAUUGUGUCCUUGGUCCCAGUGAACUCUGCAGGAACAAACUCCUCUUCUCCCAGGCUCAUCCUCCUCAUCCUUGACCUGGCACUAAACUCUGAAUGCACUCGAAUAAAUGCAGGGAAGGUCUUGCUUGGUUGAAGGUAGCACCCCCUCCUUGACUUUCCAACGGGCUUCAAAGGCAUUCAAACUAUAUUUUAUAUUUAUUAUAUCUGUUAUUUUUAUAUUCUGUUUUUCAGGCAAGCUUGGCCCCCAAGGCAGGUUACAAUUAAAAUUCAUCACAGGAUGCAAUGUAAGGAAGUGUGUGUGUAGAUAGAUAGUUAGGAAGAGAAACGGUGAUGUUUGCAGCUCACUGAACCCAUUUUGUGCUCCUCUGGACAUUGCCUUGCUGGCUAGUUUCUUCCAUUGUUGCAUUUUAACCCAAGCCAGUAGCUGAACCUGGAUGCUUUGGGCGGUGCAGAGAAGCAGGUGGCCAAAUCCCCCUUCCGUUCUCUGCCCAGUAUGCCUGUCAAAUGUUGUGUGAAGGCAGAUGGGAAGUCAGGUUUGAGCUGGCCGCACCCUCUCUCCCCAGGCCACACCCCUCCAAAACUUGCUGGGAUUUCAGAGGCAAGACCCCCAGCAUGCCCCUGAGUUAGAGACUGGACAGUGCUAGUAGAGAUGGUUGCCUAAGGCAGCCUAAAUUGUUGAACCUUAUUGUGGCGUUCUUCAGAAGGUCAGCUGCAGUCAGCUGGCCGGUUUGGUUCAACCAAGGCAUGGUGCGCAUCGGAAGUGCAGAUGGCCUCAGCCCAGUAUACCUGAAGGAGCAUCUCCACCCCCAUCGUUCUGCCCGGACACUGAGGUCCAGCUCCGUGGGCCUUCUGGCGGUUCCCUCAUUGCGAGAAGCAAAGCUACAGGGAACCAGGCAGAGGGCCUUCUCAGUAGUGGCACCCGCCCUGUAGAAUGUCAAAGAUGUCAAAGAGAUAAACAACUACCUGACAUUCAGAAGACAUCUGAAGGCAGCCCUUUUCAGUGAAGCUUUUAAUGCGUGACAUUUUAAUGUAUUUUUAAUCUUUGUUGGAAGCCGCCCAGAGUGGCUGGGGAAACCCAGCCAGAUGAGCGGGGUACAAAUAAUAUAUUAUUAUUAUUAUUAUUAUUAUUAUUAUUAUUAUUAUUAUUGAAGGGCCAGAGGCAGAGCUAGCUGCUCCGUCAGGGAGCAUCCCGGGGGGGCACUGCCCGCAGUGAUGUCACCCCCCCUCAAGGCUGGCGCCCGGGGAGGGCCUCCCCCACCUUUCUCCACUACUGGGAGGGGCAGCCAGCCUGGGUGCUCUGUGGGGCUCCCUUGGGGAAGAAGCAGGCUUCAUGUUCUUUAAGAACUCUCCAGGUAUUUCUGCAAACCCAGCCCCUUUACCUGCACCAUCUGAGCCUAUCUUUUGUUUCUAGGUGAAGACAUUAAAUCUGUGCGCUUUCUUCAUUUUUAAAAAACGCAGUUGGCCAGCUGCCCUCCUUCAGAUCUGGUUGCUGGCAGAAGGGGAGCCUUAUGACAGUGUCUUGCAGCUCCACCUAGUGUGUGGCCUGGGUAGUGAACACUGCCGUGCCAUUGGAAAAAUAGUAGUCUUUCUCCUUCCCUUGAACAUGAAAAUAAUCAUUAAUUAGGAAUGUGCUUUUCUCCAGCUGCUAAAAUUUGGGUUGUUAUGCAGAGGGGAGAGAGGGAGCAGCCUCAACAUUGAAAAUUAGGUUUGUUAAGGACAUUGAAGAAAUGGCAAAGAUUGAAGAGUAAAUUCAGUUAUGAUAUGGAGGCGGGAGGAAACAUUUUUAUUAUGAUUGCGUAUUUAUUAGGUUUGUGAGGAACAUAUAUGGAUUACAUAUUAACUACUAUAACUUAGACUAAUCUGAAAUGGCGUUAACGAUUCAAUAUUAGGAUUAGUGAUUGCAUUUAUAAAUGUGUACUAUAUUUCACUUUAUUAUAUUUAUAUUAGCAUACUAGUGGCCUUGAUGCUAUUGUUGAGUAUUUUAAAUUGUGUUAACUUAGAAUUCAUCUGAAGAAGGAAGUUUGAAUGUAUUAGCUAGCAGUUAAGCCCAGGUUUUUGAACUGGGAGUUGAUUGUGAAAAUAGUUGGCAUCUGUCUGCCUCGGGAGACAAUGGAAGUAUGCCUUCGAGGGUGAAACAAAACCAUUGGAGAGUUAACAGUGCCUGCUGUGGCUGUAGAGGCUGAUAUGGAAGAGACAUGUUUUGUGGCAGAUGGGGCAGAUGAAAGGUGUCCAGUUGUGUUGAUGCAGGCGUACUAUGAUGUUUCUUCUCUCUGUGCUCCUCCCAGUGGCCAUUCCUCCUCUGUUCACUGCUUAUGCAUGCACGACCUGACUGUCUCCAGGCAGGGUUAAUGUUGCCAGCCUUCAUGUCAUGUUCGCACACAUCUUUGUGAUGCAGAGUUGGUCUGCCAAUGGGCCUGGUACCUGAAGCCAGAGUAGAUUAUGAACAAGUGAACAAAUACUAUCAUUCCCUUUUGAUAGAUGAUGUACAUUUCAAUUAAUUUACAGCUGUCCUUGAUUGCACAUGUAGAUGGAAAGUAAGCACGACUGCAUAUAAAAAAAGAUGAUGAUGAUGAUGAUUUCUACCCCACCCAUCUGGCUGGGUUUCCCCAGCCACUCUGGACAGCUUCCAACACAUGUAAAAACUCUGCUUUUCUUAAAAUGUCACUUCCUCCAGAUCUUCUGCCACCAUUGGAGAUUUCAGAACAGUUUUCCCCCAGGGAUGUUUCCAGCAGAAUCUGUGCUUGCUUGGUGCUGCUAUAGAAAAGGUCCCCAUUGUGCCUUGAUUUUGUUGGGUGUGCCACCUUCAACAAUAGUUCUGACGCAGGCUGCGGUGGGAGGUCAAGUCUUCCCAGAUGCACUGUUCUGCCACUUCAUGCCUGCCUUGUUGUUGCUCCAGGUGCCCUGAAGUCUUACCUGAGGGAGCUGCCAGAGCCAUUAAUGACCUACGCCCUGUACGAAGAGUGGACGCAAGUUGCAAAGUAAGGAGAACAUGAAAUGGGCUUUUUCUGGUUUAAGUGGGAAGCCAAGGAGGAGAAAUUGGCUUCCUAAGGCCCAUAAAGCCUUCUGAAGCAUGCAUCUUCUCUCGAUGCUCCCUUUGUGCUGCUCUUAAAAGCUCCUUUCAGAUUAUGGCCUUCUCUCUGAAGCCUGCUUUGAGCCAUUCCUCCAUUUGUUUCUCGCUAUUUCCUUUUGCUUUGAAUGAAACCUCACAUUGUUGCAGAGCCCUUGGCUUAAGCGAACUUAUUUCCUUCCCCAGCAUACAAGACCAGGACAAGAAACUUCAGGACCUGUGGAGGAUUUGUCAGAAAUUGCCAAAGCACAACCUGGCCAAUUUCAGGUAGGAAGCAAGGAGGUGUGGGGUAUGCUUGGUCCUGUGCCAUGUGUCACACUGUUUCCCACCAGGCGAAAGAGUGGUUGUCUUAAGAGUAUUCCAGUCUCCCAUUCCCCAAGAUCUACCUUUUUGUGUUUAAGCUGAAGAAAACCGGCGCGACAGCUAGAAAGAAGAAUGUGGUUAUUUGUUUGUUUUAACCCUGAGAACUGUUUUGCUGGACCUUCAUUGUUUAUUCUUCCUUUUGCAAGGUGUACUGCUUUUGAGUUUUUAAUAAGGAAAAGGGGUUUAUAAAGUAUUAACCGAUUCCUAUAAUCACAAGGGUGAAACGGCUGCCACGCCGUAUAUUUUAGGAGCUGUUAAGGACAGAAGAGUGGGAUGCAGGCAGAUUUGAUGCACACAAGAGCAUAGAAGGAAACCUUAGAAGCUGCCAUAUCAAGUUAGACCCUUGGUCCACCUGUCUCAGUAUUGUCAGCUCUCCAGAGUUUCAGGGAGGGAUCUUGUCUUGGCCCUCUUUGGAGAUCGAACCUGCAACCUUCUGCAUGCAAAGCAGGUGCUUUAACUCUGAGAUGCAAAUACUAGCCAGCAUGAGGUUCUGUUGCUCGAGCCCAGUGAAAUGAAGAGGUAAGAGCUAGGCAGUGGUUUCCAAUGGAUGAUGUCCCGUGUUAGUGGAGUGGGUUUCUGUUUGUGUUCUCUGCCUCAGGCACCAAAAUUCUGUGAGUGGGCACUGAAACUCGUUUGACACGGCUGUUCAUUGGGUCCUUCUGCCCAAGUAGUUGUCAGGAUCCAAGAUGCUACAGGGGACUUUUAACCACCCCUUUCUUUCUCCCAGAAGAGAGAAUGAGCUGAGAAUUUAUUAGAAUCUGGGUGGGGAUGUCCCUGCGGCGUAUUGGGCCUUGUUUCGCAUCCAGCUCUUUUAAAUCCUGAAUCAUUCCUGGCAGGUACUUAAUCAAAUUCCUUGCAAAGCUCGCUCAGUACAGUGAUGUUAACAAGAUGACGCCCAGCAACAUUGCCAUCGUGCUGGGCCCAAACCUGCUGUGGGCCAAGAAUGAAGGGUAAGUGAUCAAGGGACUUAAAAAAAUAAAACCUUGGUGCAGCUUUAUGUUUUUAAGCACAAAACCAUUAGCAAUUUGCCAUAAGCAGGUUGAUCACUCCUCACACUUCCACUACUUUUCACAUAGUUUACAUGUUUUUUAUCUAAUAAAAGAAAGUCCUCCAUACAGUGUAGAGGUAAGCUAGGGAACUCUCACGCAGGAGGCAGUGAGGGCUACUGACCUAGAUGGCUUUAAAAGUAGAUUAGGCAUAUUCAUGGAGGAGAGGGCUAUUGAUGGCUACUAGCCACAAGGGAUAUGUUCCACCUGCAGUGCUUCUGAAUACCAGCUCAUGGAAACUGCAGGACAGGAGAGUGAGCUUGUCUUGGGUCCUUCUUGAGAUACCCAAGCCGGCCACUGUGAGAGCAGGAUGCUGGACUAGGUAGGGCCAUUGACCUGAUCCAGCAGGUUCUUAUGUCCUUAUACUCGCAGACCACGAUUAGGUCACCCAGCCCAGCUAGGGGAUCUAUUUCGGUAGCGGGGAGGCCAGCUCUUGAGCAUCUGCAGGCAGUUCUGGAUCCAAAGCAGAGUUGUGGGGGGAGGUGUUCACUCCAAUGAAUCCCAGCAGGUUAAAUCCACACCAGUCUUUCUACUGAUUUCUAUUCCAUUUAUUUGAUUACGUGUAUUGGAGGGGGAAAGAGGUGGGUUGCUUCUUACAGCAAGAAACUGAUGGUAAGGGGCAGAUUUUAUUGGAGGUAGCACAGAGGAAGUGGUCUUCUCUGGCAAGUUUGCUGCUCACUGUGGAUUUGCUCCUGCGUCCCUCAACAGCUCCCUUGCAGAAAUGGCAGCAGCAACAUCCGUGCAUGUGGUAGCAGUUGUGGAGCCGAUUAUUCAGCAUGCCAACUGGUUUUUUCCUGAAGGUAAAUGGCCCAUUUUCUCCAUUUUCUUUUUUUUUUUUUAAUAUGAUAUUUAUUAGAAGUUUAAAGAUUACAGAAAGAAGAAAAGAAGACAACAAUAAAAAAAAAUAAGAAAAGAAAAAUUUUCAGAACAUACCUUACAAUACAUAAAAAGAAAAACAUAGAAAAGCAAUACAACAAUACAGUAACAAAAACAAAAACAAAAAGACUAAAACACACAUCCAAUAUUCCAUAUCUUUACCUUUCCUUUACUUGUUUCAUCGACCUCCUCACACCUCCCUUUUUUGUAUUCUAGUUCAAUUCACUAUUUCAGCAAAUUCUUUCCAUCUUUCUCAAUUUUUAUUCUAUAAUUUAUCUUAACGGUCUAACCUUAAAUUUUUUCGUUUUGGCCCAUUAUCAAUCAGCUUUUACUUAAUUCUUUGUUACAUUUCUACUAAAACCAUAUAGAUUCAUUCCAGCAUCCUUCUAACACUCAUUAAUUUUCAUUUUCUCUGUUUUCUGAGGUUAAGAUGCUAUUCUAAAUAGUUUGUUGCUGAAUGAUGAGCUGUUGUAUACAUACGCUUUGUCUCAACUUUUCUUAAUGAGACAAAAGGUGCAGAAUGAAUUCAUCUCAAUACUUGCAUGUAUGAGCUGUAGGGUUUCUUUGAGGCUUACAUAAUAUUUAUCAGCUUUGAACUAAAAUUAAGUCCCAGGAAAAGAUGGCAAAAGAUGCCUUUCUGAACUGCUUGGAAGAUGGGCCAGGGAAGAUAAAGAAUAAACUUUCUUUUCUACUCCAGAGGUGGAUUUCAACGUGUCAGGAGCCUUUGUGGCACUGCCGGCGGUGAAUUCGAAUCACCUGCACACAGGGAAUGACUAUGACUCGGGGACCUUGGAGCGGAAGAGGCCCAUCAGCAUGGCCGUGAUGGAUGGGGAGCAGCUGAGGAAGGAAGGGUAGGGCAGCCCCCCCAUCUCCCUCUGACUUUUGUACCCCCUUCUGGCCACAGGGGCUUAACCUCUUCCUUCAACACUGUUGGGGAGAGGUCAGCUUAGGCCUCUGAGCUUGUUUCUGAGGUCAUUCACCUGAUUUAUCCGCCUGAACCAGCCUCCCUCUCUUCCCCAUACAUUAGAAAUUUGGGCUGUUUCCACAAACUCUCCUUUCCCUCUCCUGAGUCAGAACAGUAGCUGGGUAGGAAAUAGAGGAAAGUCAAGCGCCACAGAAUCAUAGAAUUGUAUAGUUGGAAGUGUCAUCUAGUCCAACCCCCUGCAGUGCAGCAAUCACAGCAAAAGAAUCCCCAAAGAGCCCAGAACUUCUUGGUCCCUUUUGGCAUUUCUCAUCUCGCCCCUCCUUUCUCUGCCGUAGAACGUGUUUAUUGUGUGUAUAGAUAGCUGAUCUCUGAAAACUAGUGGAAGUUAACAAAAAUCUCUCACGUUUUUUGCUCCUCACAUAACCAGUUUGCACCUGGGAAAAGUACACAGUGCAAACUUCCUUUUAAUGCAGUAGCAGCACAGAUGCUAAUUGACUCCCAUUAGCAGAAACCCACUAAUAGUUUGAAAGUCAGAUAGGCGGGUCUCUUAACAAACCCCUUAAUGCAGCAAGAAGGGGUCCCAGUGGGUCUCCCCCCUUUUGAAGGGCAUCCUGCCAUUUUGAUACCACCCUGAAAGAGGCCCCAAGGGCGUACAUGGGUUCAAGUUUGGACACCCGCUGUAGUGCAAACCUAUCUAAAGUUGAACUGAGUCAAGGCGUUGUUCUCCUGAGACAGCUGGUCGUGUCAACAGGGCCCCUGGGAGCCCCAUAGUACAGCUGGGGGCAAAUGCGGUGCCGUUGCAAACAAGCCCUUAGUGGUUCCUUUCCCCCUCGUUGCUGCAGCCUGAGGAAGAUCCAAAGGUAACAUACUAGCAUUUCCUUCUCCCUGUGUUCCAUGCAUGAUGCAAGCCAUGGAAGGUUGGUGGGGGAAGCUGUCGCUGUUGCCUACCUUCUGAGUCAUUGGAGCAACAGUAGAUGGGAUUUCUCUCCUCUCAGAUUGCGCAGUGCCUACAGUAACAUGGUAUGAGGAAGGCCUCACGGCAGAGGCUUCUGAUUUGGUGGGGCAGCAGCAUCCAUUGCCCGGCGCUAGAACUCCCAGAACCCACUUUUGUUGCUUCUCCCCUCUGCACAACCCAUCAUAGCUUUUGUUUCAUCCCAUCAGUCUCAUCCCCUUUCCCUACAGCUGUCUGGCAGGGGUGGGGAACCCAUCUUUCAGCCCAAAGACCACAUUCGCUUCUUUUUCGGGUGUGUGUAGAGCGCAUUUCACUGAUGGGUGGGGCCAGAAGAGGAAGUGGGCGGGGCAGUUAACAAUUUCUCAUUUUCUACAGAAGGCAAGUUUCUGCACACAUUCUCACACACCCCUCUAGCCAGAUAAAUGCAAGUGGCAUGGUUAGGAUCUGGGAGACCAGGGUUCAAAACUCUUCUCAGCCACAAAGCUCACUAGGUGACUUUGGUCCAGUUGCUGCCUCUCAGCCUAACCUACCUCACAGGGUUGUUGCAAGGAUUACAUGAGAGGUGAACCAUGCACACCACCUUAAGCUGCAUAUAAAUGCAGUAAAUAAAUAAAUGAUCAAAGUUCACAGACACAUUCUAGCCAGGCAAAAACAUUCAGGGAGGAUGUGAUGCAGGGCCAGUGAGGGGUGUGGCCUGGGCAGAGGUCUGGGGGCCAAGGAGAGAAACCUGCAGGGCUGCUUUUGGCCCUCGGGCCUGAGGUUCUCCACCCCUGUCUUGGAAAUUUGUUGCUGCCUUAAGUUGAACUAAAGCUAAGCAGGCUCUGCUUAUCCAACUGCCUUCUCAAAUCAUGUUGGCACAGAAUUCCAGCCUAACAGGCCUUCCCUCCCCUUGUGAAUGGAAGAGCAUCAUAGUUCAAAAUGCAGAGGUUUUGUUUUGCUUUGUUUUUUAAAAAGAGUUAUGCUUUGGCUUACUGCAGUGUGGCUAGACUAGAGGUCAUUCACUAUCUAUCCAUUGCUAAGUUAUGGUAAAAGUCUCCCAUUUUUCAUGCUUUUGUUAGUGCAAAUUAAUCAGGGUUGUGUGUUCUGUCCUUAAAAAAAACAAAAACAAAAAUCAUUUUAAUGCCGGGGGGGUGGAAUUCUGUUUGAUUAGAUUUUGCAGAUGAAGCAGAAUCGGCAUAUUUGGGCUGGUUUGGCAUCCUCCUGCAUUUGGUGGGCAUGCGGAAAAAAUUAUGCUAGACACACCCUCCUUUCCAUGGAGGAUCAUAGUCAGUCCCAGUCGUCCCCCCCAGUGGGGCUUCUAAGAAUUCAUAAUGCAGUUUGCCCAGCUGUUCCAAAACCUUCAUUCCUGGCUCUGCUGGCUUCCUGUUUCCUCGGGAAGCUGGAUUCGAUGCCGUCCUUUCUCUGAAUUGACCUGGUAUUGCAGAACACACCCAUCCCUGCAAUUAAUACUGGAUAGAGGUACAGAUGCAGCGUCCUUGGCUUAAUCAAAGGUGGCAGCAGCUUGAGCACAUCAAGCUUUCGGAUCAAAACUGCAGCUAGCAUUCUUUUGGUGAGAAGCAGCACUAGUAUACAUUACUGUUUGUGUGUGCCAGGAGAGAAAGCGGUACUUCUUCUUCCGCUCCUCUGUUCCUAUGACCCAAAUAGUUACCCCAUGGACAUGACCACUUGCCUUGAUGUUUGCUCAUUGCUCAUGUGCCCUUCCUACCUGUUUGAUUGUGCCAAGGUGUGUUGCAUUCCUCUUAACUCUUAACAGUGUCCUGCAGACAAGUUUUGAGAGCUUUUCCCUGCUGCUUCUUUGCAUGCCGAGCGGCAGGGACUAGUCUCUUGUCCAGCCCUCGUAGCUGAACUGCCCUUGUUUGUUUUCUGGGUGUUUUUCUGUGUAGCUACUAGUCCGCAUGGUGUGUUUUCCGUCUCUCUCUCUCUCCUCUGUAGCUAUGGUGUCAAGGUUAUGGACUUCCAGGCGAACCCCAGGAGAGGUGGCACUAUAAGUAGAAAGCACACAGCCCCAGCUUUCCAGCCACCACUUCCGCCCACUGAGGCUGGCCCGCUGGCACAGGCCACAGCGGAGCAGCACCCACAGGGCCCUGGGGCUGAGCCCGCCCCCAUGGGUGCUGCGUCCGCCCCCCUUCCUGGCCCAGCAGAGCAGUCCCAAAGCCAAGGCGCUGAGGACGGCAGGUAAGAUGGAAAGAGUUCAGACCGAAAGACUUUCGCAGAGACUUCCGUCUGUUUCAGCCUUCCCCAACCCUUUUUGGACUAUAACUCCCGUCAGCCCCAGUGGAUGCUGGGAGCGGUAGUUCAAAGCAACUGAAAGGUCUCAUGUUGGAGAAGGCUGAUCAAUUAAAUCAAGGCAGUAGCAAAGUCCUUUUGAAAUUGAAAAAAGCUCCUGGCAAGAGACCAAUUCACAUGUUCUUCCUUCUUGGUCAAGGUGUGCCCCAUAAUUUGCCUCAUUCGAAAGGAUUUAACUGGCAAGGCUAGCCUGCACUUUUGCAGGACUCUCACAGGUUGAUGUUCACCUGGCUUGGCCCCUGAGAGCAGGGACAUCCUCCCUCCUUCGGCAGAUCAGGGGUUGGAGAGUGCAGGUCGACUCCUGCUGCACACCCAUAUGGCCCCAGCUGUAGAAAGCAGCCACCCUCUCUCUCCUUCCCACCCAGCCUUGAGAGCCAAACAGCUUCUUCCUUCCUGCCCAUAGCUAGAACCUCCACAGGUCUGGUCUUUUGUGUAGGUGCCCAAGUAGCCUGUGCCAUGGGCCACCUCCUCAGCCUGAGUCAUGAAGUCAUAGAAUGGUAGAGCUGGAAGGGAUCCCAAGGGUCAUCUAGCCCAACUCCCUCUCUUCCCCUUAGCCCUUUCUUCUCCCACUUGACGUGGGUGGUCAACUGGAGCUCAACAUGAGCUACACACUGUUUCAAGAGGAGUUUGUCCUAAUGCUCCCUGUUGCUUGUCCAUGUGUGUUCCUGGAUGUGCAAAUAGUCCUGGAGUGAAGCAUAAACCCCCUGGAAUAACCUCACCCUGCCCUUGUCAGUGCUUAACAGCAGUGUGCCCCUUACCCAAACAACACCCCCCCCCAUGCAUGUCUGUGUUGGAAAGUACACAAGUGUGGGUUUUGGGUGGGGGGGUAGGUUAGGACCAGCAAAUCAGAAGUCAGUUUAACUUUCUCACCUAUCCUAUAGUGUAGCACAGGCAUAGGCAAACUCGGCCCUCCAGAUGUUUUGGGACUACAACUCCCGUCAUCCUUAGCUAACAGGACCAGUGGUCAUGGAUGAUGGGAGUUGUAGUCCCAAAACAUCUGGAGGGCAAAGUUUGCCUAUGCCUGGUGUAGCCUUUCCCCAACCUGCUGCCCUAGGGCUGAUGCAAAUUGUAGUCCAAUGCAGGCAGAGGACACAAUCAGACUUGGAGAAGGCUGCCACACUUAUAGUCCUAACCCCAACCAGCCCUCUCGAGCGGGUGAACAGUAUUUUAUGCACCAAGGCAGGUCUCAGCCUGCUACUUGGAUCUCUUCACCACACUUGGGUAGUGGGAUCUUUCGAGAGAAUCCACUUAUGCCUCCCAAUAGCAGAACAUAGGAAGUGCCUGCUGGAUCCCAUAGCCCAUUGAGUCCAGCAUCCUGUUCUCACAGUGGCCAGCCAGAUGCCGUAGUAGGAAACCCUCCGGCAGGACCAAGCUCAAGAAUGCUGCCCACCUCCCAUGUCUUCCAGAAACAUGCUGCCUCUGACCCUGAAGGAGCAGCCUUUGAUCAGAGUCUUUUCUCCCUUCCCAGCAGUUCAAAACCAAAGGACCCCACGACUCCUCCGCCCACAAGGAACGGGGGGCACGGAAGCGCUGCUCAGGCCUACCCACAGCCCAGCGCUGGCACCAGCCAACUCUCCGUGGGGCAGUCACAAGUCUCUGCAGGGCCCAGUCCACAUGCCGUCAGGCGAGGUUAGUCCUUCAGGAGUCUAAUGAACAUGCUUGCGUUCCAGGAAUAGGUUGACGGCCAUCUCAACAUACUAAGCUUCAAGUUGGGACUCCUGCAGGCUCUUCCUUGGGCAUCUGUUUCUUGUUCAUGACAGUAGCAUCACUUGUGGGUGGGAGGGGGUGGGAUAGAGGGAGUUAUUCCAACACUGACUCUCCUGUUUGGGGCCAAGGGUGCAUUAGGAGGCAAUGGAAUGUGCCCAGUGCUGUUUUUUCUAGAAAAAUAGGUGCCAGUACUCACCAUGAAGUUGUUACAGUAAGUGUCACACUUUUUAAUAACAAAAAUAGGUGUCGGUACUGCAUACCUUUGAGUACCCCCUGAGGGAAAAAGCACAGUGCGUGUUUGACAUGGCGUGGCUGGCUACUGUUGUCAUUCUGCACCCACCAAACGUGGAAGAUGAUGCUCUAUUAGCCUUAUUUAUUUGCUUGUUUUCUGUGCAUGAGUGUUUUAAGUUUAGUUAGCAUCUCUUUUGCACUAGGAGAGGGUGGAGGGCGAGGAAUGGUGGGCAGGGUCACGAAGAGGUUGACUGAAGGGGGAGGGGGAGAUGAUGGAGGAGGAUUAAAUUUAUUACCUGCCCUUCACCAGCAGGUCCCUGGGCAAGUUACAACCAUUUACAAAAUUCAGUAUUAAAAACAGUUAAAACACACUACAUUCAGGGCCCUGAAGAAGCACAUCUCCUGCAAAAAGGCCAGGGUAAAGUGAUUGCUGAAAGUUGUAUAGUGAGGAAGCCAGGCUCACCUCUGUGGAGGGAGUCCCACAACUUAGGGGCCACCACAGAGAAGGCUGUCUCCCAGGCCAUGAGCUUCUCAGGAAGGUGCAACUACCAAGAGGUCUCUUCUGCUGAUGUUAGCACAUAGGAAGGUCUGUAGGGAAGGAGACAAUCUUUCAGAUACGUGAAGCCUAAGUUGUUUGGGGCUUUUUACACUAAUGUAAGCACUUUGAGUUGGGAACUGACAGCAAAUGCAACUACUUGAAGAGGGGUUAUAUGACUUUUGUAGGCAACGCUGGACUCUAAUCUGACUUCUGCAUUUUGAACCAGUUGGAAGUUUCCAAGUUGUCUUCCAAGGGCAGCCCCAUCUAGAGCGCAUUGCAGUAGUCCAGUCUGGAUGGUUGAUGGCAGGGAAGGGGGCCAUCAUGCAACUUCCUCCUACUUUGCAUUUUGAUUGGUCAAAUGCAACUUCCGAACAAUCCCUCUGAGUUCUGGGAGGCUUCAGGUUCCACCAGGUGUUUCCGGGGGCUUGAUACCUCUCAGGGCAGAAAAGAAGAGAGGAGCUUUUAAAUGUUAAGGAUGAGAAGUUCCAUGUUGAUGUGAGGCGGUGAAGAGACUGCUUCUGAGAGGCGUUUUAACCCCUGACUAUUCUUUCUGGCCUUCCUUGCAGCCGUGAAGAAGCCUGCCCCAGCCCCUCCAAAGCCAGCCAACCCACCUCCUGGGCAGCCAGGGAACCAAAGUGCCCCCUCUGCCCCUCAACCGCCCACUAUUUCCCCAAAGCCCCCCACCAGAAGCCCUUCUCCCCCCAGCCAGGGAGCCCCCCAGCCCAGCCCUGUCCCAUCCCAGGGCUCUGCCCCCCGACGGUACUCCAGCAGCCUCUCCCCCAUCCAGGCCCCCAGCCACCCGCCACCCCAGCCCCCCAUGCAGACAGUGGCCACUCCUCCUCUCCAGCUGAAAGCCAACACUCCCAACUCUUCCCCGCCUGGGUCUGAGCCCAGCCUGGAGCAGCCCUCGCCCACUCCUCCCCACACGCCCACGCCCCCCGACACCCCACCCCUGGAGAAGCACAACUCUGCAGUCGCCUCCCCGGCUCCUCAGCCCUUCACCCAGGAUGCUCCGCCAGCUCAGUCGCCACCUCCUCAGAUGGGCACGUUGCCCAGGCCAAGGCCUGUGCCCAAGCCGAGGAACCGGCCCACCGUCCCCCCUCCACCGCAUCCUCCAGCUCCUCACCUGGCCGGAGACGGUCCUCUUCCUGGUCCCCCUUCAACGGCAUCCCGCAUCGUGACUGGUAAGGACUGUGUCAGCUCUGUCUCUGUGAACCUUGUGAUAAAAAAACUGUGCCUGGAGGUGGUUGGUUGGAUGUGGCUGGAGAAGGGGGAGAGAAACGCUCUCGUCUCCACCACUGGGACAGAAGUGGAAAGAAGGCAGGGAGAAGGAGUUUCCCCAGAAGAAGAGAAAUGGCUCCAAACCGGCAGUAGACCUGGUUUCAUCCGGGUGGGGAUAAUUGCAGUCCAUCAAAGAGGCCCACGUGGAGUGAAAAAGAAGACAGACAAAACUCAUUUGGGGCGUUGUAUCAGCUAACCCUGAAAUGCCUUUAAUUCAGAGCAGUUUUACGGCUACAGUUACCAAACGUUUCUUGGAAUCACAAGUUUUUAUGUGCAAGUUUCUAGAGAGAGUGAGGCGCUUGAAAUGUGAAGAUAAAAAUGCUUAAUGGUUAGAUAGAAGCAAAUACUGUACAGGAUUAUUAUUAUUAUUAUUAUUAUUAUUAUUAUUAUUAUUAUUUGCACUUUCAACCAUAUUUCAAAUUUCUGCGUAAAUCGGAUUUUAAACACUAUCUCAAGUUUUCACACUCAAGAAGUAUUGUAGCCACAUUGUGUCUGUGUGCGUGUGUGUGUAGUUUUAGCAUACCGUUCUUCCCCUCCUCCGUACCUCCCCAUCAGGACAGCUGCACCACCCAAAAUUAUUCUGUUUCACCCCACCAACAUUGACAAGCAGCAUGCCUCUAAUUGAUCUAGCUUAUUGGAAUGUUUGGGAAGCUCUGUGACAUUUUGUAGUCGUAUAGCCAGUGAUGGGCUCACAAAUAGGCAAAGCCAGUUUUUUUUGCUUUUAUUUAUAAAAAUAUUUCUGUGUCAUGAUGUCAUAAAAUACCAGAGUGGUUUACAGUGUUAAAGCAGAGAACAUCAUUUCAAAAAAUGAAAAAUACCCAUAAUCUUUGAGGUGGCUGGCAACUCAGAAAUAAGAAUGCAUCAGCUGCAAAAGCCUGUCAGCAUGAAAAGGUCUUCAAGAGAUACUGGGAAGUCAAAAGGGAGGGUGCCUGCUGUAUCUCUGCCGGAAGAGUGUGACUGCCGACAUGAAACGCCCAACUUCUUAUUGAGACUAGUUGGGCCACUGUGACAUGGAGUUGCUCAUCCCAGCAUGUCAGACUGCAGGAUUUCCACACAAUCCGCCCCAGAAGCUGUGCAUUUAGAAAGCUUCAGCACAGCUCCGUAGAUGCUAGGAAGAGCUUUGUUGCAGCCAGAUGGUGGCUCGAGUCCCUUUCUGUGCAUAUGGAGGAGGACGCUGCUUUGUCCUCAGGAGUAGCCGCCCUCCCACUCCUUGACGCCUAACGAAGCAGUUCCUCUGAAAAAUAAUAUGUUACCCCCAUUUGGGAAGCCCAGGCUGCAUCAGUGCCCACAAAGCUGACCAACCUCCCUGCCAACUUUUAAUCUGGGUUGGGUGCUUCUUAAUUAUGCUUAAUCUCAAAACAGCAUUGUGACGAUAAAAGCAAGGCUCCCCUUUUCCCUUUCUUCUUUUUGUCGCAGGCUGAAAUAGCGCAUGCCCCAUCCUUUUUUUUUUUAAUUUUAGCAGACCCUCUAACAUGUUGACCACCUUCCUGUGCUGGAGCUUAAAGGGCGCUGGGAAUAAUAAGAAGCUCUAUUUUUUAGCUGCGCAAAUAACCCGUUGAAUCCCCUCUAGGUUGCAACGCCAACUUGCCAAUAAUAAUAAUUCUAAUUGAGAAUUUUAUUAAACAAUCUAGAUGUUUGACCUGCAUUGUUCAGUAGGAACUGAGAUUGGAAAUGGUAAGGAGGCCUUUCGAUUGGCCAGAAUUGUUAUGAAUGCAUAAUCAUGGACGCAGCUUCGUCCCUUUACUAACAGGUCACUGUUAACACAGCUUGCUUGCACCCAGGACUAACCCUGCAUGUCAAAGAAGUGAUGCUACCCUUGUGGUCCUUUGUUUUGCCCCCCCUUCCUCCUUUUUAACACAUUCACCGGAUGUAUCCCAGGAUCCUGCCCUGUCCGUUAUUUAGCUUCUUUUCUGUCUGCUCCAUCCGUACUUGGAAUACGGAAUGAAUUCCUACUCCUCAAAAAUCUUCAGAGCCUCAUAGAUGGCAACACCUGACCUACAAGCCAGCCCUCCCCUCCCCUUUCUCUGUUUCUCACUGUGGGGGUAGGACCUGUUGGUGUUUUUUCCACUUGAAACCGAGACACAACCUGAGAGGCUCCACAAAUGCAACACUGAAGAUAUUAGCAGCUUCACCGUUAAUUGCUGAGCCAUAACUGGUAUUAAUUAAACAUCAUUCCCUUUCCCUCCAUUGCGAAAGGCCCAGGAACAUGGGGUGGGGAGAGAGAAAUAGGAUGGAGAAAAGGGGCCGCUUGUACAGAUUGAAAGCUCACAUAUAAAUGGGAAGCUGUUGAGCAGCUGAGCCCAGCCUUGGGACAAGUCGCGACUCUGCCACUCUGCUCCUUGCAUGGAAGUUUGUGCCUGCGGAAGCUGCUGCAGUUGGCUGGAGCUGAGAAAGGUGGCCCUGUGCUGUUCCAAGCCAUCCUCGUAAGGCAGUUGUUAGGCAGUAUUGGGAGGCAUUGUACUAGGGCAGGAGGAGAACUGGGUUUCAGCCUUCCCUGACACAGCCGAAUGCAUUGCAUUCUGCACCACCCACAGAAGCAUCUGAAAUCUGCAAGGGCUCUGCUCUGUCACCUUCAGACAGGGCUUUGCAUUUGAAAGGAAGAAGUGACACUUGCCACCCAAGUCCCAGGGGCCUGCACAUACUUGAAAGCAAGCACUGUUUCCAUGUGCGAGAUGUCAGGUGUGCUUCUAGCUUUUCAAUGUGGGGGGUGGGGUGGAGUGUCUGCUGGCAUCAGGCUGCUUCUCUGUGCCACACAGGAUUUCAUGGUGUGUUUGCUGCUGCUUUGUUGUUGUUUGGGGGGGGGGGUGCUGAGUUGCAAUGUACAGCAAAUCCUGAGCAAAAUGUUUGUUCCAACCCUUCUCCACUUCCAGGUUCUAGCAGACUUGCUCUGUAAUUCUGCAAGCUUUCCCUUGUAUUUGAGCAAGUCCAGAAGACGGAAAUGAUCCCUACUUUGGGGAUUGGGGUAGCUCCUUCAGAUGAGAUUUCCUUCCCAAAGCAGUCUCUGUCCCUCAUGGUGUCUCAGCUAGCAGUCCUUGGGCCCCAUAUAGUUGGACUGUCCUGCAGUGACACUGUGGUCUAAACCACUGAGCCUCUUGGGCUUGCUGAUCAGAAGGUCGGCGGUUUGAAUCCGCGCGACAGGGUGAGCUUCCGUUGCUCUGUCCCAGCUUCUGACAGCAACGCAGUUCAAAAGCACACCAGAUAAAGUAGAUAAAGUAGAUAAAUAGGUACUGCUGCAGCAGGAAGGUAAAUGGCGUUUCCAUGUGCUCUGGCUUCCGUCACGGUUUCCCGUUGUGCCAGAAGCGAUUUAGUCAUGCUGGCCACAUGACCCGGAAAGCUGUCUGUGGACAAACGCCAGCUCCCUUGACCUGAAAAGCGAGAUUAGUGCUGUACCCCAUAGUCGCCUUUGACUGGACUUAACCAUCCAGGGGUUCUUUACCUUUACUUUUUUUACGUUAUAUAUAUGUCCACAUAGUUCCUCCAGCAGUUGUCAAUAGACUGCUUUUCAUUAGCUUUUCUUCCUUUGGGUAAACCCAGGGAUAAGGUUGUAUAUUUUUUCCCUACACUUACAACACUGUACAAGUUCAGGAUCUGGAAGCAGGGCAAACUCUCAUCACUUUUCAGGUCUGUUCUGCAAGGAAUGAGACUCAAGCCUUUAUGGCUGCAAGACGCAUUUAAAAGGAUGUGGAUUAAUAUGAGUGGAGGGUUGGAUCCAAAGUUCCCAUGGGGCCAGCGACCCAACUCCUUGCUUUUCCCCAUAACUAGAAGAAUAAAUGAAUACAAUUUCUUUGGGUCAUAGAAUCCAGUGUUCUCUUGGCACAGUGUUGGGGUGGAGGAGUUUUAUACGUAUACAGCCCUGUCCAUAAGCUUCCGAACACCUCUUCUCUGGGUCAGUCUUCCCCAACCUGGUAUCUUCUGGAUGUUUUGUACUACAGCUCCCAUUAGUCCUUGAGGUUGAUGGGAGUCAGAGUCUAAAACAUGGCCAUGGGGGUGGCUUGGGGUGAUGGGAAUAGUAAUCCAAAAUGACUGUGCUGGCUGGAGCUGAUGGGAGUUGCAGUCCAAAGCAUCCAGAAGGCACCAGGCUGGGGAACGUUAGUCUUACUUUCUGUCGUCUCUGCCCACAAGUCUGUGCCCUUUCAUCAUUGGUGUUGUGUGUGUGUGUUUCCCCCCAUGUCUUCUCCACGCAGACUCUAAUUCCAGUAUUCAAGAGCCACCACGAGGCCUCCCUGCUGCGGAACUUCCGACAGAGUCGUCAGCUUUGCCAAACCAGAGCUCCCACAACCACCUUGUGCUCGACAUCAAUCACGAUACCGAAAGCACCGCUUUAUAAACGAAAGAAACCACUCCAGGGCCCCAGCUGCUCCUGCCCCAGCGGGAACCUCACCAGUCAAGGCUCUACAGUGAGGAGCUUAUGGAAAUCGAAAGAUGGGGUGGGGAUGGUGACACAACCUCCCCCUUUGUGUCUCCAGAAAAGAAACACCUACCCCGCUAUCCAAAGAAGUUUAAUGACCUGUGUCUUGACCAAGGUGCCUAAGCUGUGGCUGGGAUGAUGAUGGUCUGUCUGGCUGCCCCCGAAAAGUAUAUCGGAAGCUUAAUUGCUGCUGUUAACAGAGAUGGCUGAACAAUUCCAAGAGAAUCCAAAGCAAUGCAUGUAUAAUGGAAACAACCUUUUAAAGGCCUCUGUUGAACUCUUCCUCUUAAUUUUUUUUUUUUUUUUUGCUCUUACCAAGGAGAUGGCUCACAAGAGACGUUCCGUCUCUGACAUGCUGCAGACUUUGUUAAAAUAUGAACCAAAAAAACAAAAAAAAAUCAACCCUCAACCUCCACGUGUGCUGGCAGGAGGAGACUGCUGGUUCUCAGUCCCUUUUGCCCUGGCAGUGGAGAAAAUCCUUGUGCCUUGAUGGACUGUUAUACUGUAGAAGGAAACGUACUGUCUCUCUAACCAUUUCAGUGCUUCUCUCUCUCUCUCUCUCUCUCUCUCUCUCUCUCUCUCUCUCUCUCUCGUCCAGUGUUGUUAUUUACUCCUCCCCCCCCCCUUUGGUUUUCAUAGUUAUUUGUAUUAACCAUCCCUGCUUUGGUUUCUGUAACACCCAUAAAAACAGCUGCUGUCAAGCUGAAAACUUCGGAAAACUUUGUGUAUUUACUUUCAGUUGUUAUAAAUGAGUUGGAAUUGG